AUGGUCGUGCUAUUCGUCUUUGCCUUAAUCUGGAUGGUGGAGGGAGCCCUUUCGCAGCUUCACUACACGGUGCAGGAGGAGCAAGAGCAUGGCACUUUCGUGGGGAAUAUCGCCGAAGAUCUGGGCUUGGACAUUACAAAACUUUCCGCUCGCCGCUUCCAGACGGUGCCCAAUUCGCGGAGCCCUUACCUGGACCUCAACCUGGAGACCGGGGUGCUGUACGUGAACGAGAAGAUCGACCGCGAGCAGAUCUGCAAGCAGAGCCCUUCGUGCCAGCUGCACCUCGAGGUCUUCCUGGAGAACCCGCUGGAGCUCUUCCGCGUCGAGAUCGAAGUGCUGGACAUCAACGACAACCCGCCCGCUUUCCCGGAGCCCGACCUGACGGUGGAGAUCUCGGAGAGCGCCACGCCAGGCACCCGCUUCCCCUUGGAGAGCGCCUUCGACCCGGACGUGGGCACCAACUCGCUGCGCACCUACGAGAUCACCCCCAAUGGCUACUUCUCGCUGGACGUGCAGACGCAGCCCGACGGCAACCGCUUCGCUGAGCUGGUGCUCUCCAAGCCGCUGGACCGCGAGCAGCAGGCGGUACACCGCUACGUGCUGACAGCCGUAGAUGGCGGGCAGCCCCAGCAGCGCACGGGCACAGCCCUGCUCACCAUCCGCGUGCUGGACUCCAACGACAACGUGCCCGCCUUCGAGCAGCCCGUCUACACGGUCGCCCUGCCCGAGAACUCGCCUCCGGGCACGCUGGUGCUGCAGCUCAACGCCAGCGACCCGGACGAGGGCCAGAAUGGCGAGAUCAUCUACUCUUUCAGCAGCCACAUCUCGGCCCGUGCGCGAGAGCUCUUCGGCAUCUCGCCGCGCACGGGUCGCCUCGAGGUGAACGGCGAGCUGGACUUCGAGGAGAGCAGCGUGUACCAGGUGUACGUGCAAGCCAAGGACCUGGGCCCCAACGCCGUGCCCGCCCACUGCAAAGUGCUGGUGCGGGUGCUCGACGCCAACGACAACGCGCCCGAAAUCAGCUUCUCCACCGUCAAGGAGGCCGUGAGCGAGGCUGCCGCGCCGGGCACCGUGGUGGCUCUGUUUAGCGUGUCCGAUCGCGACUCUGAGGAGAACGGGCAAGUGCAGUGCGAGUUGCUGCAGGGCGACGCGCCUUUCCGUCUGAAGAGCUCCUUCAAGAACUACUACACCAUCGUCACCGAAGGGCCCCUGGACCGCGAGCAGCCCGGCGGAGACGCGUACACGCUGACGGUGGUAGCCCGGGACCUGGGCGAGCCGGCGCUGAGCACCAGCAAGUCCAUCCAGGUGCGCAUCAGCGACGUGAACGACAACGCACCGCGCUUCUCGCAGCCCGUCUACCAGGUGUACGUGAGCGAGAACAACGUGCCUGGCGCGUACAUCUACGCCGUGAGCGCCACCGACCGCGACCAGGGCGCCAACGCGCAGCUGGCCUACUCCAUCCUUGACAGCCAGAUCCAGGGCAUGUCGGUGUUCACCUACGUGUCCAUCAACUCCGAGAACGGCUUCCUGUACGCCUUGCGCUCCUUCGACUACGAGCAGCUCAAGGAAUUCAGCUUCCAGGUGGAAGCCCGCGACGCGGCGGGCGGAGGCGGAGGACCCGACGACCCCGACGUCGAGCAAGCUCUGGCCGGCAACGCGACUGUCAACAUCGUAGUGGUGGACCAGAACGACAACGCGCCCGCCAUCGUCAGCCCGCUGCCCGGGCGCAAUGGCACGCCGGCGCGGGAGGUGCUUCCCCGCGGCGCCGAGCCGGGCUACCUGGUGACCCGCGUGGCGGCCGUGGACGCGGACGAUGGCGAGAACGCGCGUCUCACCUACAGCAUCGCGCGCGGCAACGAGGCCAGCCUGUUCCGCAUGGACUGGCGCACGGGCGAGCUGCGCACCGCGCGCAAGGUGCCCGCCAAGCGCGACGCGCAGCGGCCCUACGAGCUGGUCAUCGAGGUUCGCGACCACGGGCAGCCGCCGCUCUCCUCCACCGCCGCCCUGCACGUGGUCUUGGUGGACAGCGCCGUGGAGAGGCAGGGCGCGGGCGCGGGAGGCGGCGGAGGCGGCGCAGGGGCCGGCGGGGGGCUGGGUCCCGGGGGCGCUGGGGGCCCCGGCGGAGAGCACCGGCCCAGCCGCUCGGGGGGCGGCGCCGGCGGCGAGACAUCCCUGGACCUGACGCUGAUCCUCAUCAUCGCGCUGGGCUCGGUCUCCUUCAUCUUCCUGCUGGCCAUGAUCGUGCUGGCCGUGCGCUGCCAGAAGGAGAAGAAGCUCAACAUCUACACGUGCCUGGCCAGCGACUGCUGCCUCAGCUGCUGCUGCUGCUGCCCCUGCUGCAGCCGCCAAGCGCGGGCGCGCAAGAAGAAGCUCAGCAAGUCCGACAUCAUGCUCGUGCAGAGCUCCAACGUACCCAGCAACCCGGCCCAGGUGCCCGUCGAGGAGUCAGCCAGCUUCGGCUCCCACCACCACAACCAGAACUACUGCUACCAGGUCUGCCUCACCCCCGAGUCGGCCAAGACCGACCUGAUGUUCCUCAAGCCCUGCAGCCCUUCCCGCAGCACCGACGCCGAGCACAACCCUUGCGGGGCCAUCGUCACGGGAUACACCGACCAGCAGCCCGACAUCAUCUCCAAUGGCAGUAUACUGUCCAGCGAGGUAAGGCGUCUGGCUGCCCUCGGGGCUUCUCACAACCUCAGGAGCCACUUACUACCAGGGCACUACCCGCCCUCCCUUUGCUGUAGCCCUCACUAUCUUUUGCUAGACUUACAACAGGCCUGCCUUUCCUCCCUGGAACUGCAGGGGGCACAUGUUGUUCUCCAUACCCAUUUUCCCUCACAACAACCUUUAGAGGUAGACCAGGCUGAAUGAUGGUCAUCAAAUGAGCUUCUUGGGUGAGAAGAGCUUUAAAUCUAGGUCUCACCUGCUCCUAGUCUGACACCCUAUUAUAUCUUACUGGCUCUUGAGCUGUAACAGUUACCAACUAUCAGUGUUGGAACCUGAUGCGCUUAAAUCAGGUGGAAGUUCCAAGGUGGUCAAGUGAAGAGUAAACAAAUAUUUACUCAUUGCCUUCUAGGGGGCUUACUCCUGAGCAGCUGCACAUAGAACUCUCACUUAACUGGUUGCAUAUUUUUCUCUAAUUAUUAAUGUUACUACUGGUAUUACUACUGGUAUUAAGUGUUACUAGCAUUGACUUGCCUUAUAAUCUCCCUGCUCAAAUGCUUACAGGUCUCCAGACUGUCAUUUAUUAAUUGGCACUAUCAACCUGCUGCUCAGUUCAGUUCUCUUAAGUGGGCUGUAGAUUACUACUACAGUUGUGGCAAGUAGUAGCAGAUGAGUAGUCAGCUGAUUUAUGCUCUCUCUCCAGCAACACAUGCAUUUCCAGCCACUGUACUGCCAUCAAACUGCAGUGCAGCUUUCCUUCAUCUGCACCAUCUCUAAUUCCUUCACUGUUAUUUAGGCUGUAAUGAUGUGCAGUUACCUGGGGAAAAGCUCCACUGUACAUAACGGGACUUACUUCUGUGUAGACAUGCCUUGUCCACCUUCUCUCUCUCUCUCUCUCUCUCUCUCACACACACACACACACACACCCUCCUAAAUAUCCAUCUUGCUCCAUCCUGAUGCAGGGCAGGCUACUUGGACAGCUCUGUGUGUUUUGAGGCACCUUUUGGUUUCAGCCAGUAAGUAGCUUCUUUUCAGAGGCAGAAGCAAUUGUGCACUGGGGAGCAUCUUAGAAAUGGUUGCAGCCAAGCGCCCACACUAUGUGCAUUUGAAUGAAGCUAGCCUAGCUUCUUCCUUUUCUGUAUCAAAGCAACACAGCCCUGGGUCAGCUGCCAGUUUUUAUUUUCCCUCAGUGCAGACCAAUCCAUGCAUGUCAGGGAAUUUUUUGCUGUUCGUUUGGUCCUUGAGUUAUUUUAUUGCUCCUUUCAGGAACAGCAAAUCUGAAAUAGUUUCUGUAAUGAUGCUUCUAUUCAAUGCAGUAAAGUUUUGUGUGUGUGUGUGUGUGUGUGUGUGUUUUAAUUAAAAAGCUGCCAUUUAUAUCUCAAAGUGCCUGCCUGUAUGAUUAAGGUUGUGGGGGGAGUGGUGGGGUUUCUUGUGGUUAUGAACAUCUAACUACCAGGCAGCAGUUUUAAUUAAUUCAAGAAUUAAGGAUUUAUUAAUUAGCUUUUCAUGACUCUAGCAGAGUGGUUCCAUAUGAAGCAUUUUUUGUUAUAAAAGAACCAUCUCAAAAGAAUGCAACUGAAAGCUUCUAUCAAAGCUUAACAUUCUGCCACAUUAUGCAUGUUUUGUGUUACCCUGGUGUGUAAAGAAUUUUUGCAGAUCACAUAAUCUGGACUUAACAUUCUUCAAUUAAAAUGUGGUCUGCUGGGUAUUUAAUUGAGUGUAUACUCUCUGUGUCUGUUACUGAGAGAAAACAGUGUUUCGCACCUUGGAGAAGCCAAUGAAGAAUUUUUGAUAAUAUUUGAAAAAUUGUUCUUCUAGAACUUAAGAAGAAAUAUUCUCCUUGUUCAUCUUUUUUUAAAAAUAAAUAAAUAAAUAAAUUUGUAUUUGUUCUUUCCAUAUGCUGCAAUGAAAUACACAGUGGUGUUCAAAUUGUAGGUUUAUUAUUCAGAAUAAAUAGUACCUCAUUUGACAUUUUUCACCCAUUGCUAUUCAAUAUAGGCAUGGAAUUCAAGAGUAAUCUUUGUUUAUUUGCCUUAGGGCUAAUAUUUCAUUCCUUGCCAAUGUAAGGGAAGUAAGGAACUCAUAUACACUAGUGAUACUUGUUUCUUGGGUAUUCAAUGGCUUAACUAUAAUGCACUUAUAGAUCCAUUAUAAUAAUUAUAGAUACAUAAACUGGUUUUGCCUGCAAAAAAACACACUGGGAGUUCAAUUAUUUUUUCUAAUUAUUUUUCUAGACUAAACACCAGCGUGCAGAGCUCAGUUAUCUAGUUGAUAGACCACGGCGGGUAAACAGGUAGGACCUCCUGAUUUCCUAAAUUGUGGCCCUAAUUUUGCACAACCUGAGAUGUAUUUCAGCAAGUAUGAAGGAGGACGUGGAAAUGUGUUUACUGCAGAUGUCGAAUAAUAGCUGGGGAAUAUAAAAAUGAAUUUGUUCAGACAGGAACAUUAAGCAAAAUAAAUCGGCCCUGAAUGAACACCUUUGAAUUAUGGCUUUUGGUGGGUCUUGCAGAGAUUACCUGAAAAGAGAGUGGAAUCUCAUUUUGUGCUGGUCUGAAACGUGCCUCAAAUACUUAUGAGCCUCUCUUCAAGAACUGGCAUAUAGUAUUGACUUCUCUGUGCAGAAAUUAGCUUCCCAGUUUAAGCAAAUUCAGCCAAAUUAUUCAUAACAACUCUGUAGCACAGGCAGUGUAAUAAUGGCUACUGACUGUCCAGAUGGAUUAUUAAUACCUGGAAGUACAAGUUUUGUUUCUGAUGGAAAGAGCUUCUCAGCAACAGCAACAUCAGCAACAGCAACAUCAGUGCUGUGAGUGGGAGGUCUGGCUGAGUGCAGCUCCACAUGUGGCCAUGUGAUGGCAGAAGAAUGUUUUAUGACUUUCCCUUUUUCCUGGGUGUUCAAAUAUUAAGCGCUUUUUUAUGUUUCUAGUUCUGCAUUCCAGGAAGCAGACAUAGUAAGCUCUAAGGACAGUGGUCAUGGAGACAGUGAGCAAGGAGACAGCGAUCAUGACGCCACUAAUCGAGGUCAAUCCUCUGGUAAGUCUGAUAAGGGGGAAUCUAAAUAUUUGAUCUUUUAAUAAGCGAGGCAGCAAGGGCAAUUACAGAUAGAUAAAUAAAUAAUAGGCCUGAAAGUAAUGGGAUACAAAGUGUUUGUUGUCUUUUUCUGCAGAUGCAUGGAUGGGUUUUAAGAGUGUUCCAUUUAAUACAUAUUUAUGUGUGUGUGAUUUUAAAAAACACACACACCACAACCUUGGCUUGCUCUUGAGAGCUACAGAGUUUUGGUAUGUUAAUCUGUGUGGUGGACUUUCCUUGCCUAUUAGAGGUACGAAGGUACUGACACAUUUGGGAGCAGGCAGAAAAAGAUCGUCGGAAAAGCUGUUGAGAAGAUUUCAAAGCAGUUUGCAGCAUCAACUGGCUAGCAGGCUUUGUUGAGUGAUGCACAAGGAGUGUGCCCCUAGGGGUUUGAAUGAGAAAGAGCGAGGCAGCAAAAGAGUCAUGAUUGAAUGGCAGUUGGAUGGUGAAGGUUUGUGUGUGUACAUGUGUGUGGUGAUCAGUAGCGUCUCACAGGGUAUCUUGAAUAUGUGAUGCCUUGCACUUGCAGGAUGCUACUUUCUAUCUUGUUAACCUGGCUUUUAUAAGCCAAUAAGUGGGCUGCAUCUAAUUGUGAUAUUUGGAUUCAUGAUUGUGUGGUACAUGGUGAUUUGAUCUUCACCGGCUUCUGGAUGAAAAGAGAGCAUAGUCUUGUGGUGGAGCUGCUUCCACCAGUUUGAGAGGAGCAAAGAUUCUUUUGGCAUUUACGUGGCUGUUAUGCACACCCUACAGUAUUCAGUGCCAGCUGUUUCUGAAUUGUCAUCAGCUGAGGUCUUGGAAUCCAAUCUUUGCAUUAAGAAUGGUCAAGUCACAAAAGUUCAAGGGGCCUCCUGUUGGUUGUUACAGCCACACCGUUCAAGGUGAUCCUCUGAGGAAGUGUGUAUGUCUUGCUUUCCUCUCUUGCUAGAACAGCCUUCCUCAGCUGGGUCCCUUCCAAAUGUUUUGGACUACAUCUCCCAUGAGCCCCAGCCAGUGCUGGCUAGAGCUGAUGGGAGCUGUAGCCCAAACCAUCUGGAGAGAGGACAUGAAGGUGAAUCCCACCCUACUCAAUUUCCUCAGAAGCACUGAGAGACUGAGUGGAGGCUGGCUGGUUGGUUUUCCAGCCCUUUGCUCUUCCAAGUGUGUUGUUUCUUUUGCUACGAGAAGCCUGGGCGCGUUGUAAGAUGGGGUUGGGUGGGGGGAGAGAGGAAAGCCUGUUCAAGGGCUGCUUUAUAUUACUGCAAGUCAUUAAUAUGCAGACCUAAUGAGACUUGAGGAAAGCCAAGAGCCUCUGAGCUCCCUGCUCCUUGCAGGGCUUCAUGCUUAGUGAACAGAGCAUCUAUUUUGUGUCUGGGAACCUGACAACAAACCAGCUCUUGCCAGAAGUUUACAUCGGAACACAGAGCCGCUCUCUCUCCCCCGCCCCUCUUUUCUCUCUAUAUAUCUGGCAUAAGGUUCCCCCUACCCCCGACUUCCAGAUAUGUGCAUUUUAGGCUCCUUCCUCCUCCAAGCUACCCCUAGUUCCUUUGCAUCAUUUUAGAGGCAGCAGUGCUCAAGCAUGAUAAAAUCCCCCUUUGCCCUCAUCUCCCUGUCUGCUUCCUUCCAACCCCCUCCCAACACACAUUUUAUUGCGGUACUCAUCUCUCUGAACAUUUCAAUCAGUUUAUUCUCUCAACAUAAUGAACCAUAAUAACCAAAUAGGAGAGAAAAGAAUAAACAUCUGUACAAAGGCCUGGAAUGGAGAGGCAGAAUGCGGGAAUAUAAUCAUCGUAAUGCACAUCAAGCAAAAAGCCAUUUUAGUUGAGAAGCAUCUACCAGUGUACUACACUUAGCUUUUUGUUGUUGCUGUUCUCUCUGUGUUUUUAAUGGAUUAUCUGAAAUUAGGGUAUUUAUGAUGACCUGAGACUUUUUAUCUGUUCUUGCAUUGCCCUAAUGCAUUGAUGCUAUUUAUUUCACAACAUAGGGUCCAAACUUUAAAGGCUUCAUUUUGUUUUAAUCUAGUUAUUUGUGAUUUCAACACCAAAACCAAACAAGCUAAAAUGUUUGAAUUUAAACCAAUUCUGAUCCAUUUACUUAAAAAAACACAUGGUCUGUGGUAUUCUUGACUUGUAGACUUGCCUGUUAAAUUACAGGCUUGCGCAAAUAAAGUGGAGAGGAAUAAAUUAUAUUGAACAAUUUCUUUUGAGUCUAAUUAAAUUUUAACAUUUUGAAUUGAAACUUUGACUUAAGUUAAUAAUUGAAAUAACCAGUUUUGAGAAAUUACUGCUAGGCAUUUUUGGCUAUCACUUUUCAUAAGGAUUUUUGCGGUAUACUCACACUGUGUGAAUCCGUAUUCAUGGAGUGUCCUGGAAUAUCUCACCUUACUCCUGUGACUUUGGGAUACAUAUAUUAAGCUCUUUGAUAAAUGCAAGACUUUCAUUUUCUUCACAUAGGUCACGUUUUCCCUAGCACCCUUUCUAACAAGUGGAUCCUGCUUUCACUCUCACUCCCGUCCAUUUUCCUGUUUAUUCUGUGAAAGAGAGGGAACUAGUUUUCUUUGAACUUCAGUAGCUAACAACGAUCUAGAGGAGUGUUCAAGGGCACUAUAUAUUUUCUCUCAUAUAUAGAUAGAGAUAGAUAUGAAUGAAAAACAACGAAAUUAAACUGCAUUGAAGAAGGCUCUAUAUACGAUGCAGCCAAACAGUAAUAUGUAAAUCAAUGAAUUCAGUUAAGUGUUUCAGGCUCCAACUUCAUCAGUAUUCUAAAUAUAAAAAAUAAGAGGCUAAAGCUGGAAUACUUAACUAUCCCCGUCUUCUUAUCCACUUAUUUACAUAUACAGGUUUGUGUGCUUGCAUUAUUUAUUUAUGGAUGUAGAAGUUGUUCCAUCCGUAGCAAAUGACCACAAUGUCUUUCUAAUCCCCGCUUCCACUUUUGCUUUUAAAAAUAGUUCAUUUUCACUCUUAACAUUGUUACUACAUGUCUUCUAAUGCUGCUCUCUCGCUUCACAUUUUGCUUGUUUUACUGAUUCUGUUUAGUUUCAUCUCAUUCCAGAAGUGCUUGCAUAAUAGCACUGCAUCAGUGAGCUAAAACUGCUAAUAAAUGAAGUCACCUGGAAAUUAAUAAUAAAAAAAAUACAUAAACUCUCAAGCCCUUUUCAUUUAUGCCCUGUGUCUAGCAUCAGGUAGAAGAAAAUGCUGUAGUGUUCACUUUAGAGAUGUCAGGUGUUUGUGGCAAGCUUGGAGAAAAUGGUUCUUAGGGUAAUGCCAGCAGGGAUGCAUAGCAACAGUGGACCUGGUGUGAAUCCUAUCUCUUGCACUGUGAAUUCACUAGGUAGCCUUAGGCAAGCCAUUCACAGCAUCUAACUCCCCAUCUUCAAAUAAGCACACAGUAUACUUAGGUACACCAUAGGAUUGCUGUAAGUGUUGCAGCAAGAUCCUUGUGAAGUGCUGGAAACAUUGGAAAAUAACAUACAAAUAUUAAAGGUUGUAUACAGUUGAUGUCCCGCAGUUGAUGGAAGGCAGUAGACCAGAGAGGGAGGUGAUUCCCGCUAUAGCUCCCUGUGUCCCCAGGUCUUCUACAUAGGGCCCACCAAAACCCUGAAGCAAGAUUUGGAGAGAAAUGGGGGCCAAAAAUUACCUCCUUCCCCAUUCCACUGACAGAAGCCUUCUGUUAGCUGAUGGAUACCAGUUGGUAUCCUUAGAAUACCACCCUUAGAAUGUGCUAUAUACAGCUACUAAAUAUACCCAGAUUUCCCCUUUUUCAUUAAGUGUUUCAGCACAACAACCCAUUACCUAAUGCAACUAAGCUUAACAGUGCCGUCCUAUAGAUGUAUAGUCAUUGAGUUAAAUGCUUCCAGAUAAGUGGGUCUAUGAUUGCCUCCUUAGUACAUGUAAUUGAAGGAAUCCCAUAUUAUUUCCCUAUGUAGAAAGGGAAAGCAGGUUGGAACAACCUCCCUAUGAAGCCAGGCUACAAAGUUUGGGGCUUUUAAAUGUAGUGGGGGGGGGGAGUCAGCAAGGGACAUGAUUUCGUGGUAUCAAAUUAUUUUUGGUGGGAAGAAAGUGGAUAAAAGUUUUUCUCACUCUCUUAUACUGCUGGAACCCAGUCCCCUUCAACAAACCUGGAUUUUGGAAUACAGUGGUACCUCAGGUUAAGAACUUAAUUCGUUCUGGAAGUCUGUUCUUAACCUGAAACUGUUCUUAACCUGAAGCACCACUUUAGCUAAUGGGGCCUCCUGCUGCUGUUGCGCCGCCGGAGCACGAUUUCUGUUCUCAUCCUGAAGCAAAUUAACCUGAGGUAAUAUUUCUGGGUUAGCGGAGUCUGUAACCUGAAGUGUAUGUAACCUGAAGCGUAUGUAACCCGAGGUACCACUGUACAGUACUUGGGAAAGACAAAAGGAAGCACUUCUUCACACAUUCCAUAGUGGAAUGAUGGCAUGUGCUACUGCAAGAUGUAGUGAUGGCCACCAAUCUGGCUUGGGACAGCUUGAAAAGGGAGGAAUUUGCAGAGGAUAAGGCUAUUAGUCAUAUUCAAGGAGGGUGCCAACAACAAGGAAGAUAAAAUGGUCAGUGACUACUUGCCACUUGUUCUACUGAACACCAGUUGCUAGGGAUCAUGUGUAGGAGAGUGCUGCUUGGUUGUAUUUAAGUAAUUCCUACUCAAAGUAGACUCAGUGAAAUUAAUGAGUCUAACUUAGUUAUAGCCAUCAACUUGAAUGGGUCUAUGUUGAGUAGGACUAGCAUCUUCCCAGUGUGUUUAUGUUCUGCUUAUGGGCUUCCUAUAGACACCUGGUGAACCACUAUGAGAACAGAGUGUGUCAUCCAGCAGGGCUUCUCUUAUUUUCUUACGUUCUGUUUAUACUGCCUAAAUUUCCAUCCCUCUGUGUUGAAUUACAGAUUGUAAACUCACUGGACAUGGCUUUGCCUUCUUGUACUCUGUAAAGCAUUAUGGACACUGAUGGCUUUAUACCAGUACAACAUAAUAUUAUAGGUAUUUUGUUUCCUGAAAGAUGGAAUGGUAUAUGAUCUAAACAAAAGAGUCCAAUUCCCUGCUGUAACUCACUGAAGUAUUGUGGACUAGUUAUUUGAUUGAGAUCAAUUACAGCUCAGGAAAAUCAUUGGACUGUUCAGUAUAUUCCCCGCAUAAAUUUUUAUAUUGGGGUUUUAGAGGAGGGAGGAAUCUCAAGAGUCUAAAAUAAAAAGUAAAAAAAAAAGAAUCCAACAGGAAGAGUACAACAAAAGGAGAGAGGGGGUUGGGGGGAAAGACCCCAAAGUCAACAAAUGAAUCCUCAUGCCGUAAUUUUAGUGUAGACAAUAAAUUUGACACAAAGUAAGGGUGCUAGAUUGUGACUUCAGGUGACAUAAUUGUGGUAGCUUUUGGCAGGAUGUGCUCCAUUAAAGAAACACUUUCUGCAUGUAGAAUUAUCUCCUGAAGGUAAAUCUUUUUAGGAGUGCAUCUAGUGGUGUAUGUAUGCCUCUCUCUUGGUGUGUGUGUGUGGUGUUUUUUUUAAUCCAUGAGUAAUUAAGUUCUUGGCUUCUCUUCUGAGACUUCCAGCAUAGGUGCUAAGUACCACUCUCUGUGUUUGUUUGCAUUUAUGCUGUGUGAUAUGAGCACCUGUCUGCCAGGACUUGGACCUCAGCCACCACCUCACUGCGUCUAGAUGUUCACGAAAUAAACAUACAAAGAGUACGCUGACUUGAGAAGGCUAGAUUUUUCAUAGGGAAAGAAAAAGGCAAGGGAUCUUCUCAAACUUGAACAUAGCUACAGUACAGAAUUUUUUUUAAAAAUGGACUUGGAUUGUAGACAAAAUUUAUGGCUUUGCUUUUGGGCACAGAUGUGAAUGAAACAGGGAUAGAGUGACUGUCCAGUGUGUGACUGGCUGUGCUGCAAGGAUUUAUGUUUAGUUUUUGUUUUUAAAUCUUUCCUUGCAUCUGAGCAUCUUAAGGGAAAUGAAAAUGCCAAAAUUCCAAAGGAGCAUAGAUAGUUAUUUUUUAUUUUUCAUCCCAGGUUGUUCCUUGAUUUGAAUAUCAUUUUGGUGCUUUUAUUUUCUGGGAAGACUUUUGUAUCUUUUAGUUGUUUUCCUGUAGAUGCUACCCUUAAGAUUGUUCACAAUCCACUGGUCUAGAUUCUGUCAUGACGUUACUGUAAUAUCUAGAAAACCUUGCGGUGACAUAGAGCACAGAUGGAAAAAAACAUGCAUGUAGUUGAAAGCAAACUUUGAAGAUUACUUUUGCUGCCAAAGAGCUGGGAAGUGCCUUUUAUUAUUUAAAAAUGUAACUGUUUUGGAGAAAGUAGGUGCAGUUGGCGGGUGGGAGGAGGGGAGGAGGAAAGAAAGUCUGGCAUACUUAUUACUUACAGUUGCAAUUUUUAAUUGGAUAAUUAGAGACUGAUACUUUGAAGAUUAUUCAAAAUCUCUAGAGGCUUUCUGUGCAUACUUUUCUCUUUCUCCUCUUAAUUUAAUUUAAUCAAGAAGGAACAAAUCUCAAAAAUGCCUAACGUUUGAGAGCAAAUCAUGUUAUUUCAUGUAAACUUGAAUGCCUUAUAAAGGUUUCAUUAUUGUGAAUAGCUAGACUGCUUUAGCCCCAUUGAAUUCAAUGGGAUUGCACUUCCACACGUAGUUAAAACCUACUUCCCUGUUUAACUUCUCUUGCAAACUAGGUGUUGACUGCGGGAGGAGUUUCAAGCAUACCCCUUUGUUACUUCAAUCAAUACUACUGUUGACCAUAGUCUUUAUAAUCAUGGCCUUUUUGGUUUCCAUACCCCAUGAUAUGGCUAGUGGCAGUGGAAAUUGUUCAGAAAUAUAGAUGGAGUGUGAGGGACAAAUUGUUUGCUUGUGUUUUUUGUUUAUAACAAAUGAGAUAUACUGAGGGAUAUUAUUGACAAGUAACUUGUACUAGUUGUUAGAAGAACCCUUUUGGCACAGUCAUUGAAAAUCCAUAACUCUCAUUUACUUUUAAAAUCCCAGUUUAACGUGUAAUGGAAAUUUUUCCUUUUUUUCAAAUUCAAUUACCAUUUUUAAUUCAAUCUCCCCCAAUGUAGAUUUGGCAGUAAUAAUAGAUAAGUUAGCAGAGAGAGACUGCACAUCAUGUUAGAUUUAUGACAAAGUUGAGAUGGAAGUGUUUGAGUGACUGAACAUUUCCUUUAUAUAUAAAUCAAUAGCAGGAUUCUUGGUUUAUUCAGAUGUUCAGAGGAAGCAACCACUUCCUCAGUCCUUGGCAGGGCUCUUUUGCACUGAGGUUUACCAAAUAGUGAACAAGCUGUGUUUUAGUGGUAAAUCAACAAGUGUUAGUGAUAACACCAGCCAUUCAUUGACUAGUUGUUUAUUUCUUGCAAAAUAGCUCUCCAAGUCUAAAGAAAUGUAUAAUUACUAUGAUUUCUGGAACAUCAUAUGCCACAAACAUGUUUAUUUGGUUUUGCUGGAUUUUUGUUUGUUUGCAAGAGGAGAAGUUACCCACAUUCAGUCUUUUGGGGUGGUACAGGUUAUAAAUGUAAUGAAAUAGAUGGUAUAUGAAACCCAACCUAACACUGUAGCAGUUGCCCUCUAUCCUAAAAACACACUCCAGGCCAUAAAAAGACUUUUGGUGACAUUGCAUAAAUGGAAAAUGGUAUUAUAAAACUUAAAGAAACUGGUUUUGUGCUUGGUGGUUUUAAAUCACUUAUUUGAAGCCACAGCGCUUAAAAUCUGUCAGUUUUAUGACUGAUUGUUUCUACAUCUGUCUUCAGAGCUGUUACUGAUAACAAAACUGCAAUGCAAUAGCACAAUAGACACGGUGCAUAACAACAAUUAUAAUAUUCCUACCACACAAUGCAACAAUUCAUUCAAAAUAUAUCAAAGAAAAUUAAGACAGCAUAUAAACCAAAUGUGGCCCACCAGGCCUCUGUAGGUGGUCCUUGGGAUUCAGGCCACACCCCUUCCCCAGGCUCCACCCCUCACUGAACCUUCUCUGCAUCCUCCUCUUGUGGUUUUACCUGUGACAAUACGUCUUGCUUGCCUAGAUGGAUGGUGGAGUGUGGCGUGUAUUGCUAUACACCCCACUGGUACAUGGCUCCCAGAAGGUCACCCUUGAGAUAUUGUGGCCCUUGGGUUGCAAGAAGAUUCCACAUUCCUGGCAUAAAUUACAAAGAGGCAUAUGACAAACUGUGAAAAUAACCCUAAGGCAAUGAGAUUAGUAUCUAGCCACCCCCUUCCCCAACUUCUGUCCUUCUGUCAUCUUCUGAUAAAGCCUCCUAAGGCAGGAGAAUGGGGCAUAGCAGGUGGAAGCAGACAUUCCCUGAUGGUAGAUACGGUCUCUCUUUCUGUAAAGUAGAGCACAAAGCCAAAUCUUGUUUCUUCCUCUAAAAGGUUUUCAUUAUUAAAUAUUACAUGAGAGUGACAGAAUGUGCAAUCCUAAACACACCAGUUAGGGUAUAGGUCUCAUUGAAUACAGUAUGACAUGCUUCAGAGUAAACGUGCAUAAGAUUGCUAGCUUGCCAUAAAACUACAUUGCAAUCUGAUCUGGAAAAAAAACAAAAAACACCCCAGAGCCAAUUCAAUUCCCAGACACUGAGCCAUUCACAAUCUCUCUGUUUACUGAAUCUAUGCAUCACCAGCUGUGCUUCUAUUGCUCCAAUUCUAGGUCAUUAUGACACCAUGAAGAAACACCUGUUAGAAACCAUUUGGUAAAAUGUCACCCUGUUAUAGACUGUUUAAAAAUGGGAGAAUGCACAACUUGAAUUAAAGUCUGCAUUUUUGCCAGUGCAAUUUCUAAACCAGAAUCUUCAUUUCUCUUUAUUGUAUUGUAGGAUGUAAUGGUCUGAUCAUUUCAGUCUUCAAGGUUUGGGUGGGAGAGACAUUUUGUUUCUCCUAUUGCUAAACAAUUGGGAUUUUGUUGGCUUUAUGCUAGCAAAAACACAUUUGCUAGCACAAGGAGAGCCACCCAAUUUUCACUACUGGAUUUGGCAGUAGAAGUUGGUGGAAACCGGGUCUUGAAGAAACACUUUUGGUUGUGCAACCUGCCAUUGGCUACAACCCUUAAAUCCAUGCUUGCCUAACUUACAUUGUGUGUGUGUGUGUUAGGAUGUGACUCAGGCAAAGUUUAGCACCUGAAUCACAAACAUUAUACCCCUGGGAGUAGGGCCCAUUGAAAUCAUAGUAGUUUUUCUGAGCAGAACAGCAUUUUAAAAGUUCCUGUGGCUGAUAUCCAACAUUAGUCAUGUUUUGGGCAGACCCAUUGAAAUCAAUGCACGAAAGUAACUUCAGUCCGUUGUUUCAAUGGGUCUAUUCUGAAUGUCACUCGGUUGGAUAGCACCUGUUAUUAUCAGUUACCUGAUGACAUGGGAACUUAAAGUGCUUAACUAGGGUUUGAUUAUACCUAUUUAUAGUAGCUAUUGUAUAGUUUCCUAUUUUGCAUUAUACUAUAUUAUUGCACAGCAUUGUACAACAUGUUUAAUUCACUGCAUUUAGCAGCAAAAAUCAAAGGAGUUUACAAUUUCAUAGAUGUUUCACAACUGCAAACAGGUAGUUUUGAAUUGGGGGAGGAAUGACCUAGACAAGGAAUAUAAUAUAGUUUUACUUGUUUUCUCAUGUCUUUGUGUCAGUUUCCAAAACUGAAAUUUAUUUUCAGAAGCCUUUCUGAACAAAUACAGAAAUUGUGACUGUAAUGAAGCUUGAAAUCCUUCUGGAUAAUAUUAUGACUUAUUUCUUUAUAUUUGCUUCAUUUUUUAUGAAAUAUAAAUGUUAAGCUAUGUUUUAAAAAUCAUCUUUGCAAUUGCAAUAUCUGCUGGAAAGUUACUAGUUGGAUUUAUUAUAUAAAGAGAGGAAUAUUGCUGGAGAAAUGUUGAAAAUGUCUCAGAAUGCCUUUUCUGUCCACCCCUUUUCUUUACCAUUGUGUCAGCAAAGAAAUAAGCUAGCCAUUUAUUUAACAAACCAUUUGUAUGUCUCGGAUGCUAUUCCUCCCCUAAAUCUUUAAUCCCAGCUGCCGUUCACGUUUGCAUUCCUCAACAGCUCACCGAUUAGUAAUUUACUUCCAGACUUCUGCAUAGCAAUUAUCAGUAGAAGGUUACAGUCAAAUCCAGACUUUGUAUUGCACAAAGCUUAAUUUAAAAUAAAACUGUCAUUAUAAAGUGAGAUUAAUCUUGAGACAAAUCCCCUUGUGUUUCUCUAGUUAUCAAGCACUUGUUGGUAAUUGGGUGGGAUACCUUAUUUGCAGAAAAUUUGCUAAGACACUGCUUCUACUUAUAAAAGCUGCAGCAGAAUUCUUAAUAUGAAUCUUUGCUUGGAGGGUAGUGUGGGUGGGGAUAGCUGAUACUGACUUAGGACAGUGGCUACAUAGUCUUUUCUAUCGCAUUAAAAAUAGUAGACAUUUCUCAUCAGGAAAAUGUAAUCUGUAGGAACCAGCUGCCAUUCCCGAAUCCUGACACAGAGGAGCUGUACACUUUAAAGGUCUUGUGGCAGAUUAUUCCUUUCUCUGCAGUCCGCAACCUGCCAACUGACUUGCAAGGCUGCCAUGAUGCAAUGCCAGUGAGUCUUGGCUCUAGGUUUGGGAAAUGACGAUCUACGGCUUACAGUGAUGAACAUCUGAUGGUGGCCAGGCUGUGUGGAUCAUUUUGUUGGUGUUGAACAGUAUCUUUAGUGUUAAUGAGUUUUGGUGUUUUGUUGGAGCGGUAAGCUUUGUGUUAGGGAAGGGGGGGGUGAUUUUAUUGCUGUUGUUGUCCAGCCAAGUCAACACGAGGCUUUCUUCCACUGUUACAUGUACAAAUUCAGCUCUAAAACCUUUCAGUUCUUUCUCCAAUCAAAGCCAUGAAAAACAACUUUUGACCACUGAAUUCUUAAGCAUGCAGUAAUAUCACUCUUGAGCAAACAUUGGUUAUUCCAUUCCACUCUUAACGACUUCAGCUAUCACUGCUCCUUCGAGAAACCUGUCCUAGUGCCUUAAAGGAAUCAGUCUAUUGAAAUGCCUAUCGGAAGAUAGUCUCACUUGUCAUUUAGAAUUCUAAUAGCUUUAAAGGAUUUGUAAGCAAACAGUUUCAUGUUGGCAGGGACCAGUGUUUGCUGGUAUAGAGUAAGCAUUAACACGUUUGUCAAUAGUAUCUGGAUCUGUGUCGCAUCAGGCUUCAGCUACCCUUAGUGCCACUAAUUAGAGUAAUUUCACAAUAGACUUUUUUUUUACAGCUACUAAUGUGGCUUAAGGGACUGUAAAGGAGAUGGUAGCAGAAAAAAUAACUUGGAAGAAAUGGUGCCAAAGGCUGGCUCUUUUAGGUCAUGUUCCUUCCUCCAAAAUAAAGUCCUUAAUCUUUAGCCUAUCUGUAUAUUGACAUUUUCCACUAGCCGAACAAGUGGAAUUUCAUUCCACUUAGUUACAUCCGUUUCUCAUCUUUCCUCCCCACUAUGCCACCCCUUUCGUGUCAUACUAAUCCCUUGUUGACGAUUGUUGGGAUCAAGCCGCUCCCAUUACCAUCAAACACAGUGGGACCAGCUCCCAGAUAGCUUGAUGGAGGAAGUUCGCAAGAUUUUAUUAUAUAUAUAAUAACAAUCUUUCCUGUCAUCUUAUGCUUGCUUUGCCAUUUGUGGAGCGUUCUAGCACUUCCUUUCUUUUUAAAUGAAGGUGCUGUCUUUUGAAGACUGAAUGAUCAGAUUCUUUAUUGGGAGAAUGAAGGUGAUGAAAAAAAACACCCAACUCCUUUUUGAUCACCAUACAUCUAUCAGCAGCUGGUCAUGAUGCUGAAGAUUAUAUCUACAGUUUUUCUCUCUUUCCUGCUUGUAGGCAUGGAUCUCUUCUCUAAUUGCACGGAGGAAUGUAAAGCCUUGGGCCACUCGGAUCGGUGCUGGAUGCCCUCUUUUGUCCCUUCUGAUGGACGCCAAGCUGCGGAUUACCGCAGCAAUCUUCAUGUGCCCGGUAUGGACUCUGUUCCAGACACUGAAGUGUUUGAAACACCAGAAGCCCAGCCAGGGGCAGAGAGGUCCUUCUCCACCUUUGGCAAAGAGAAGGCCCUUCACAGCACUCUGGAGAGGAAGGAACUGGAUGGACUGCUGUCUAAUACACGAGCGCCUUACAAACCACCAUAUUUGAGUAAGUACUGUUCAAAAGGCUGCUAGAGAGUUUUCCCUUGAUGGGAAUAAAACUCCAUUCCCCAGGGUGCUUGCUAGGAAUAGAACAGUAUACCAGAGGCAAUGGGGGGAAGAAGCCCUGAAUCCCUUUGGAUUAAGAACCACUGAAGAGAACAAUGUUGAUAUAUUAUUAUUAUUUUUUUAAAGAAAAUGCCUAUGGCAUUUUAAGUUUGUAACUUAUAGGACCUUGUUGAAGAUGGAUUUGUUUUUUUAAAAUGCUGUUUUUGGAACUGUUGCCCUAAUGAAUUUUUUAAAAGUAAAUAGUUAGCAAGACAAGUAUUUCCUCACAUUUAUAAGCUGUUUGUGGUGCUUCUUCAUUGGGACUACUUGUGGUACCAAACUUGUUUUGUACCCAACAGCUGCUUUGUUCCCCAUUGAGCAAGGCUUGGCAUUCAUUCUCCGAUUCAUAUUUCUCUGCUGCUGCUGCCAUCGCCUUUUGUUCUCUUGACCAUCCUUCAUGGGAUGAACUUUUAACAAUCUUUUCUGGAGCUUUCUGAAUUCUUGAGACCAUUGUAAGUAUGAUGGUGCUUGUGUGUGAUACAGAAGAUGGUGCACAGGGUUAGGUGAAAGAGGAGAAUUCCUUAUUCAUUUCCGUGCCAAGUGGAGUGCCUUGAAAUCACUCUUUGGCCCCAGAUUCUACAUUGCGAUGCUUACCGGCCCAUUAUGUUUUAUUAGGAGAUCGUAAAGUCUUCCCUUGAUUAUAAGUGCUUAGGAUGAGUCUGUGUGUCUGGAAAUGAAGAAAACCAGUGCCUUCAUUUAGGAAGUGCAGCGGCUGCAAAGGUUGCAGGGAUCUUUCUGAAAGAAAGAAAAGCAAAUCUAAUUGAUGAGAGUGGUAAUGUCACCAUUGAAAUGCAAUAUAGCAGUGCUUCCUUUUCUCAGUUCUGCCCUCCCCUCCCCAGUUCUGUCCUAGAGGGAUCCCAUCUUAAAGCGGGAAUUUAUGCUUUAUUUAUGCUUUAUUUUAGCUUUUAGACUAAGAAGCCAGACAUAGCAGAAGCUUCUGAUUCCAGCUUUGUAUAUUUUAGUUUCUAGCAGCUGAUGUUAAGGCACAUUACUUGUUCCAAAAAGAAAAAGAAAAAAGCUGAAACACCAUCUGGUUGUACUUCUUGUACCUGCUGAGUUACCUUUGAACUUAAUGAUCUAGAGGAGGAUUGACAGAUCUUUUUUUCACUGUUCAGCAGAUCAGCCAUUCCAAGUGCACCCUUCACUCUAGAGAUACUACUUCAGCCAUGCAUUCCUAAUAACCUUUUCAUGAUUCUAGGUCAUAUGUUUCAGACCUGUAGCAUUGUACAUUUCUUUAAGGUGAUGCCUGAGCUUGUUCAAUUAAGGUAGUGUAUCUUUUUUCUUCUAAUGGCUGAAAAUGAACAGCAACUUUGCAGUGCCAAACAGCUAUAAGAUGUUUAUCAUCCAAAUUCAGCCUGUUCCUGUUGCUUCUGCCUUUUUAAAUCAUAGACCAAUCUGCAUAGCUGCCCCUCUAGUUUGUUUAUUUUCUCAUAAGUUGUGAUGUACAUUUGAAGAUUUUUAAGCCUGCGCAAUGUGUUGGUAGUAUCUGAAAGACAUUUAAAGGGGAAUAGGGAUUCAGGGCUGGUGUUUUUUUUUUUUUGCAUCUAGACUUCAGGCUAAAGCUAUAUUAAAUCUAAAAUCAGACAGGUUUUCCCCUACCUGCAAUUAAUGUUUUCUUUUGUAUAAAGUUAGGUUUGGAACUUCAUAACAAGCAAGAGCUAUUUUAGAGAGAGAGAGAGAGGUAGGUGAAAGAGAAGAAACCAGCUACUGAAGAGCACGAUGUUUCAUAGAGUUGAGAAAAUAUUUUACAAUGAAUAAUUUCUUUUUUGAACACAACAGAGAGAGAGAGCCUAUUCUCAGUUGCAAUUCUAAGAGAAGCAACCAAGUUUAUUCAAGUGGUAACUAGAGUCGAGCUAUAGUGACCACAGGCUAAUUAAGUUUAACAUUCUCUUGGGGCAAAUUAUGCCCCCAAAAAAGUAUCAAGGAGCUGUUGAAAGCUACAAAGGCGAUUUAAAACAAACAAACAAAAAAGCUAAUUUAGAAAACUCUUAACAGAGCAAGGUAUGCUACCCUGCAGCUGGGGGAGAGAGGGCAGUCAUACUUGACCCUACAAAUAAAAUGCCUAUUGUUUAAAUUGUGUCAUUUCUUAGCUUCAGGAUGGGAGGAGAGAAAUAUAUUAUUUGCAUAUUAUUAAACAAGUUUAAUUAUUCAAAGGAUAAAGAACAAAGCAAUCCUAGAAACAGAAUGGAUAAAGUCUAGAACUUCAGUCUGUAUUUCCACUGGAACUUGUGACUCAAUUAAUUUCCCAAGAAGCCAGUUCCUAGGAUUGAGGGAGAGCUGCCCCCAAACUCACACUUCCUGUGCAGAAGCCCCUGGGUGUGCUUGAAAAUGUUUCCCUGAGCAGCCUUUGACAUGGGAAACAUACAUUUGGAGAAAUGAUAACAGGGGUUGGGGAGGGGGGCAGUGCAAUAGGCAGCAGCUGCAGACUUAAUCCCAUCAUGAAAGCUCAGGGAUAGUGAAGCAGAGCUGGUGAAUGGCCUGAAGAGAGUGUUUGUUGUUGAAGAGGUUGUGUGGCAUGAGGAGAGCUGUAGGGCCAUAUAGAGAGGUUUGAGAGACCACAUUUGGCCCAUGGUUUCCCCACUCCUGUGAUAGCCAAAGAAUGUAUAUGUAACCAGAAAUGUUAAAGCGGCAUAUACAUUCUGCACCGCAAAACUUCAAGAUGCUAAAUGAAGCUUUACAGAGUAAGACAGGAAUAUGAAGUGGGUUAGUGAAAAUCACAGCUAACUCAAUAAAAUAUAGCAUAUAUUUCACAUAACUAAUAAAUGCCCAAGCCCAGCAGUUGUGUGUUUAAAAGGUAGUUGGAACAGCAUAAAAAUAAUUUAGUUUAGCAGAGAUCAACUCAUAAGAUUAAGCAGAUUCCAAAGUAGCUGUUAUGACAGUUGCAUUCAUUUUAUCUGUUCAUGUCAGGUAAUUAAGAGGCCGCAUCUGAGAAUAAGAAGUCAAGUGACAAAGUGCUGGAACAUACUAACACAUUAAAUAAAAAUAAGUUGCUUAUACCAGAUGGUAUUCAUCCAACCGUUGCAUAUGAUUUUCAGGGGGGGAAGUUGACUUUAUUUCCAACAGAAAUAGUCCUGUCCCUUGUUCUAGAUAAAUUAAACUUCGAAAAUGUUUCAGUUUGCAAUACUUUAUAAUUGCUGUGGUUAUCAAAUCUCAUCCAUGAAGAAUGGCACUACUAAAAAUUCAGGAGACGUCAUAAGGAUUGAGAGACAUGAAAUGUCUAAGAGAAGAGUAGUCCUUUUCCUAUCUGGCAACAUCUGUAAAGACAAAAUGUGGGCAAAUGGGUUUGGGGUCAUACAGAUGCAAAGCACAAUUCCUACAAUGAUAAAGUCUGUUGAAGCAGAGAGGACAGACAGCAGAAAGGGUUAAAGGACAUGAAGUGGAAAACCAGAUGGAAAUAGAGUGGGAAAGGGGACAGUAAUGAGUGUAUAAAUGGCAGGGAAGUUGUCCCCUUCGCCCAUAUGGACAGAAAGAAUCUUGAGACUGUUACAUAUAAUUUUAGCUCCAGAUUGCAAGUAUCUAGAUAAUAACGGUAUGUUGUGGAAGCUCUGUAGCUCAGUGGUGUGCAAUCAGUUCCAACAUCUCCAGCUAGGGUUAUGAAACUCUCCUGUCUGGAGCAAAUGUGAUAUUUAUUCUUUUGGAGUUAUUUAAUGAUACUAAAGAGUCAAAAACCAAGUAAUGGGAUUCUAAGAUUGGACUGAGACCAAAAUGGAAGUUCUGUGAACUUACCUCAGAGGCAAGUCCUAUUGAAUGGGACUCUCUACAGUCACUAAAAGAGAUAAUUAAUCAUGGCAAAGACUUGAGACUAGAUGUGCUGAUCAAUAGCUGGCUUAAAAAAGGUUUUCAGGUUGCUUGUCCAGCCUUUGGGAAAAGUGACCAAAGGGUGCUUUAUUAGACUCAAGUUGGCAUCUGCCUAUAAAACUUGAGAUGAGGAGCUGAUGCUAAGUAUUUGAUACAGCCUUGGCUCUGGUCUGUUCAAGUCAGGUAGAAUGUAAUCAUAUAUUGAAAAGCCUUUCUUCUUCUUCUGCAGCUGAAGAGAUAGGAAAGGUUGCACUCCAGGUGUUGUUGAACUACAACUCCAAUCUGCUCUAGCUAGCAUGGCCAUUGGUCAGGAGUGAUUUCAGUUGCAGUCCAAAAUAGUGGCGGGCACCAGGUUGGGAAACUUUGAGUUUAAGCAUAGGCUGAGCCUUUCCAGAUCGCCCGUCUCACAGCCGCCACAUGUUUUGAAAGCCACUCCUGAAGGUCAGUGCCCCUCUGCAGUUAACGAGGCUGCAGUUAAAAGCGAGGAUAAAGAAAGUAUUUUAUAAUUUGUGAUGGCAACAAGCAGAAUCCACACAGGGCUUUUAUUUAAAAAUCCUCUGUAUUUGAACCAAACCCUUGCUGACUUCAGUGGGAAUAUUAUGCUACUCAGACAAAACCACAUAAUUCAGAUGUUAUAACCACAGCCUGUAAUUUGGCCAUGGAUAAUGGCAUGGUCAGAAAAAACUUUUGAGAAGACAAGCUUUCAAAAUAACAACUCAUGUAAGUGUCUGGACCAUAUCAGGAUGCAAAAGAGACCUUUUACUAUGCCAAAUAUACUAUGUGCAGAAUUUCCCACAUUUAGUCCACCUGCAUUUUGAGAUAUUAAACCUAUAAUUCUAUGCAUACCAUACGUAGCAGAAGCAAGCCCUAUUGACCAUGCUGAGAUGUUCUUCUCAAUAAACAUGCAUAGGACUGCCUGCAGUUCUAAAAAUCACUGCUUUUAACUAAAUAAACUAAUCUUUUUUCAAAAAAAACCAAACAAACAAAUUGAAAAAAAUUUCCCCAUACCAAACUAGUGCUGUUGUUCAUUUUUAUGGGUUGUAAUAAUGUGAUCUUGUAAAAAUCAUUUAUUAAACUGUUAUAAUGUAUGAAAAGAUUUUCUAUCUCAUAUUUUAUCUCUUGUUAGUAAUCUUAAGGAAGCAGUUACUUGCCCUCUCAGAAGGUCAUAGCCAUGGGAUGGUUGGAAUAACGGGCAGUGAGGAAAUAGUUAUGUUGAAAUAUCCUGAAAAUUAACUUCAUUUUGGGAAUAAAAUUACAUAUAAAUAAUAUUUAUUCCAUGAAUAUUUUGAAUUCCGCUCAAAAAGAACAAGAAAAAUCAAGAAAAACAGGAAGGGGAAUAUAUCCACUUUUCUAGUUUUAAAUGUAUGAUUGAUAAAGCAGCUAUUUUAUGCAGCUAUUGCAGGAGCUGCUUUGUGUGGUAAAUAUGCUGAAGAGAACUUUGCAGUAUGAUGUCUCUAUAAAAUGCAGCAAGGACAGAGAUGAUUCAGUGCCAUUUGCGUAGUACUUUCAGCCACAAUGACUAUAAGCUUCUUUGCAAAACCAAGAAUAGAUAAUGUUAGUUCAUCACCAAAAGGUGGAGAAAUUAUAUAUGCGCUAAUAGUUCAAGAAACCAUUUAGUUGUACAAAGAAACUGAAAAUUAACAACUGUAUUAGGCAAACCAGAAAUAUCACAAAAUAGCAUGCCAGCUUCCACAUUCUCCAUAACUCGUGGUCUGACAGCUUGCCAUCACCUCUGUAAAUUGGCAAGAAUGAUUUUAGCAUAUUAUGGAUUGUUAUGGUUGUUUUUCGGAAUUUCAGGUAUAUAUCUUACUGAAAAAUGGCACUGCACCACAGUUUUGAGAUAGUACUAAAAUGAGGCUGUCAUAAUGAUUUCAUUUACUAUAAUUCAUGCAGUGGAGAUCAUAACUAGGAUUUGGAAUAGUUGCUCUUAAUUUGGGAGAACAUGAGUUAACAGGGUAGAACAGCUAGAAAUUUUUAAUCAUUAGCAUUACUGAUUCUUACUGAGCAUUCCCCAACCACAUAAAUACCAUCUUUAUUUGUCCUUUCUGCUUGGAACACCUUCCAUGGAGUAUUAAAUCCGUUGAUCUCAAGGAGGUGUACAGUAGAGCUUCCUGUUGCAAUGUUUUUCUUGUUUUUGGAUCUGUAUGAUAAGGAGGAAACCCAGCUGUUAGUAGUUAAUUUAUCUCUCAGCAAUAUUUUCUAGGUAUCAUAUUUUUAAUUUGUUUAAUUUGUUAUGUUUUUCCUAAUACUCUGCCACUAAUAUCUUAAGGUCCCUGGUUCCAAAACAUCCACCUUCAUUUAAGAAGACUUCCUUUCAACUACCUUCGAUCUGCAGAAGAAGCAACCGUAUGAAGAGCAGAGAAUUAAACUAGCUCUUGGAGAGGCCCCUGUUUAUGCAUGCAUAGGAAUACAAGCUUGCAUUGGACAAAUCGGUUGAGAGAAAAAAAUACUGUGAAUGGGUUAUGAUUUGUAAUCAAAGAGAUUUAGUUGUCCUAAAUCUGAAUCCAAACCUUCUUCCCCUGGUUUCUGUUAUUCAAAACUAGAUUUCAUUUUUAUACCAAAGAUAAUAGUUACACAAACUUAAUUAGCAAGGGAUGUUAUCAUAGUGGUAGAACAUGUGCUUUGCAUAGGUUAAAUUCCUGGCAUUCCUUUUGUUUUUGUUUUUAAGGAUCAGGCAGCAAUAAAUGUGAAAGAUCUCUGGAAGAACUUGAAAAGCUGCUGCCAGUCAAAUUAAACCAGGCUUUGUCACGCUGGUGCCCACAGAUGGUUUGGACUAAAACUUCCCUCAGCUCAGCCAGUAGGGCUUCUUGGAGCUGAUGGGAGUUGUAGACAAAAACUGCUGCAGGGCACCAUUUUGGCAAAGGCUGCAUUAACCAAUGCUCAGCCAAAUGGGCAAAUAGUCUAACCAUGUAAAAUUCAGUUUCCUAUGUAAUCACCAUAUAAAAUACUUGUGUUAGUUUUGGUUAAUAAUGUUCUGCAGUAAAUCAUAUAGGGCUAUGCUACUGCUCAUCUGCGGGAAGGUAGUGGUGAGGAACACACAAUAAUAUUGGAGGCAUAGUGAUUGAGAGCAGCCUUCUCGAAAUGUAAAGCAGAAGAUAUAUCUAUGGGGUUAAAAGCACAAAUGAAAAUAACAUUCACUCUGCCAUAAGUGUGUAUUUAAUUUAUGUACCCGUAGAGAAAAAUGGAAAAGGAUGUAUGUAGUGUCAAAACUAAAAAGGAGAAAAUGAAGCUUAUCUAUCUAAAUGACUGCCGACGCUAUUUUAGUAAGAACAAAAAUAGUUAAGUGCUACAUUAUAUAAUGGAGAACAUGAAUAAGUCAGGACUAAAGUCUUCAAUAUAACAAAAUUGUUAGGUUUAACAUGCAUUACAUUUGUCAUUCAUCUACCAUGCAUUUUCUAUUCUGUGGCUUGCUUCUGAUCCACAUUAAAGCCUCACUCUCAUGACUGACAUGUGGGCUGUUGUGAUGAGCAUGUUAUGCAGGCGAUUGUGCCUGAGUUAAAUGUAUUUUAGAUCUGGGGCAUUCAGGGACAUUGUCACAACCAAAGAUACAUUUUGUGCCCUAUCCACCCACCUGGCUUGUAUCAUGAGCAACUGCUUCCCAUAAUUGGAAUUAAAUAUUCACACACAUUGCAGUUUCUUGGCAAACAUAUUUGCAUACUUGAACUGGCGUUUUGAUUUAUUUUAAAGCAGAAAAUUCUCAAAGCAACUUUGUUUCUGUGAGGGGAAAAUGGAAGGAACUGCAUAGGUUUAUCAUGAAGAAGAGAAGACCAGGAGAGGUGAGGGGAGGGGAGAGAGAAAGGCAAAGUUGACUAUGCAGCAGCAGCUUGCUGGAGUGAGGUGGUGGAGAAGUCUGUACUGUGUAGGUGCAUCAGCCAAGCCAAUCCGGCACUCUCAAUAAACCCACCACUGCACCCAUUUCUCUCUUCCUCCUGCUAAGCUGUAGCGACCCAGCUGUGGGAAGGUCAGGUAUAUGGCCAUGCCUCUCUCUGCUGGUCUUCUCAGACAUGUUUAGUCAUGUCUGACUCUUAGUGACCCCAUGGACCAGAGCACACCAGGCACUCCUGUCUUCCACUGCCACCCGCAGUUUGGUCAGACUCAUGUUGGUAGCUUUGAGAACACUGCCCAACCGUCUCGUCCUCUGUCGUCCCCUUCUCCUUGUGCCCUCAAUCUUUCCCAACGUCAGGGUCUCUUCCAGGGAGUCUUCUCUUCUCACGAGGUGGCCAAAGUAUUGGAGCCUCAGCUUCAGGAUCUGUCCAUCCAGCUUCAACAGAUAGCAACCUUCAAAUACCUGAAAGGCUGUCAUACCUAGGUGAAGUCAAAUGGGUUUUUUGCUGCUGCCUCAGGGGAAAGGACUAGAUUCAGUGGAUUGAAUUUACAGGAGAAUGGUUUUCAGAAGAGUACUAGGAGAAAUGGUAAGAGAAGUUCAAUGAUGGAAGCAGAUUACUGAGGGAAGUGGUGGGCUCUCUUGAAAGGAAAAUUCAAAUGGAGACUGUGCAGCCAUUUGCUGGGAAUGCUCUCUAGCUCUGGAUUUCCUUCAUCUUGCAAUGAGAUGGACUAGAAGGGCUACUGGAUUCCCUCCAUUUCUGUGAUUCUACAGCAAAACAUUUUUAAUCAAUCUAUCUGGAAUACAUUAGGAACUAAAGCAGAAUCUAAUUAAAAGGCAGGAGGGACUGUUUGAAUGUGUUUUUGGGAGGGGGGUUAUUGGUUUGUUUUUGUUGCAUUGUGUAUUUUUGUAUUCUCAUUUUAUGUUUUUCUAUUGUGAACCGCCCUGGGGAUCUUUUGAUGAAUGGCAUUAUACAAAUUUAAUUAAUAACUACUAUUACUACUACUAUUCAGCACGUCAACAUGUCCCCAGAAGUGGUCCAGAAGCCAAUUCAGCUGUUGUAAUAGGGGACUCCCAAGCAUUGAAUGAGUUAGCACCCCAGCUGCCAUGUUCUGAACCAACUGACAACUUCACAUAGCAUACUAUACAUUGCAUUUGAUGUGGUUACUUCCUGGCUCUGAUCUGGCACUCCAAGCACUUUUUUUCACCCACCCACCCAGAACAUACCAAUUUGGGCAGAAACUGGCACAAAAAGUCAAAGUAGGCAAAGCACUUGGGAAUUCUAAUGGAGAUGCAAAUUGUCCCCUCCUCAGUCAUCAGAUUGACCUUAUGAUGAGCAGGGUGGAGACAGUUGUCCCAUCUACAGUUUAUCUGCAUGGAUCAGAAAAAGAGAGGAGAGGCUAUAUGCCUCUCUGUGUGUGUCCCUCAACCCAUAGUUAGCAAGUGACCCAUGCAAAGCUGGCCAAAGGUGAAAGUUGCCGUCAGGUAAAAUUUUAAAAUACCAAGCACCUUGUGUUGCAUUAAUUAUGUGAUUAGUAAUUGCAUCAUUAUUGUUAAACCAACAAAUACCAGGAAAGGGAGGGUGGGAUGGGCCUCUUCCUGCAUUCCUUUGAGUGGAAGGGUGGAAUAUAAAUUUAAUAAAUAUUUUACCACAGUUUUAGCCUGUCAAGUCUCCCAAGCAAACACAGAGACUUAGGUGCUGCAGAGAUAUUUGGCCCAUCAUUUCUUAAUUUAGUACAGAAUUUAAUGUAUUUAGCAGAAUUUAGCUUGGACAGAAUGUACAUUAAAUCGCUUAAAUAUGCCAGGUGGCUAUGUUUUCCUUUCCUUCUUGGUACUUAGUACCCUCUUUUCCUCAUUUGUGAUUUUACAAGAAGCAAAAUGAAUUGAUUUCUUUUAUGUAAACUGCCUUUAAAUAAUAAAUUAUAAAAAGAAUUGAGUUGUUUAUAUUUGUAGUAGCCUGUCCUUUAACAAAGAUUCAGAGUUGUCUGGCCCCUUUUGCCAUCUUAAACCCAGGAGGCAGUAAACAUUUUGUUAGGCCUACCUGUAUGGGGCACAGAAUCUACAGCGUUAAGUUUGCCCAAUUCCAAAUCAAAGUCAUUGUGUCAGUACCUUUUUGUAGUUAAAUAAAACAAGAGCUCAGAAAUAUAGCUUGCGGUAACAAAGCACACUAAUUGUUGUUAUGAUGGCCUAGUGUCAGCGAUGAAGAGGAUAACAAGUGGCCUAUUUCAGGCAUAAUAUGACUCAUCAGUGACUUAGACAUUGCAGUGAAGAGUAUGCUAAUCACAUAUUUAAACAAUACAAGCUUGGAAAGGAUUGCAAAUCUUUUGCGGAAUGCAAUUAAGUACUCUAUAAUCUUGAUAAAUUAGAAGGACGGGCUGAAAUUUGAUAGGAUAGCACUUCAAAACACGAUAUAAUUGCUUUGCUUUUGAACACAAAAUCAAAGACCAAAGCGGAUAAAGAAGUGACACAAAAAAAGAAGAAGAAAAUAAGGACGUGUAACUCAAAUGUGCAGAAGUCUAAGGAAACACUGGCUGGAUUAUGAUAAUGCAGUUAUCUGAAGAUCUGUGCUGUAAUAAAUAACAGCCAGCAUGGAUGGAAAGCAUCAUUGUGGAUAUGUGAACUCAUUUUGUACCUUUAAGAAAAGGGUGCAUGCAGGUCCCACCUGCAGCAUCCCUGCCAGAGACCUUCCCGUGUUGAGUAUGGGAGCCUUCAAACUUCCUCAUUGUGCAGUGGUACCUCUGGUUAAGAACUUAAUUCGUUUUGGAGGUCUGUAUUUAACCUGAAACUGUUCUUAACCUGAGGUACCACUUUAGCUAAUGGGGCCUCCCGCUGCUGCCGUGCCGCAACCGUGCCAUUUCUGUUCUCAUCCUGAAGCAAAGUCCUUAACCCAAGGUACUAUUUCUGGGUUAGCGGAGUCUGUAACCUGAAGUGUCUGUAGCCUGAAGCGCCUGUAACCCGACGUACCACUGUAUGGAAGGUCAUGCAGGAGCAUUGCAAGAAGGGUUGGCACAUACGUCCUUCAGGCACCAUGCCUGAACCGGGUUGAUGUUUCCUGCAGAUUAAAAGAAGAAAAAAGGAACUUGCAGCAUGAAUAAAACUUGGGUGCUAGACAGAAGGAUUUGCUAAAACAUUCUUCUUGCCAUGUUAACUUUCCAUAAGCAGGGAUUUUUAAAAUGCAUUGAAAUCACUGACACCAUCAGUACCGGUUGCAUUUUAAAUUGGUUACUGUUCUUGGAGGAGUGCACAACAUGGUUUCCCCCAAAUAUGUAGAUCUACUCUUUGCUUUUUCAUUUCAUUCCCCCCAAGUGUUAGUGUUUAUUUCAGAAAUUGUAUUUUAAGUUGAUAAUUGAAUAGGGCAAGAAUUGAUUUGUUAAGACUUUUAUCACAUUACGUUUGAAAUUGGGCUUUUAUAGCACUGUAGUCCAUGUAUCCCUGCAAAGCUGCACCUGAAUUGAUGCUUCAGAUUGCCUGGGGUGGGGGAGGAUUUUUAUGUGGCCAGAUGUGUGUGUGCUUGUGGGGAGGGGAAGAGAUCAGAGAAAUGUUGGAGGGUAUGUUUCGAUCUUCUCUGGCACGACUGCAAUGGUAUGUUGGAUCCAUGCCAAUUUCCAGCAAAAUAUAGAAAAAAUGAGAGACUCGUCUUUUGAUGUGCAUAUAUUAUUCAGUUAACCCUUUGGGAUAUAUUUUCACUGUUACUGAGCGGCAAACUUAGUGCUGCAAGGAAAACGUCACAUUUCCAUUGUAAAAUGCAGUGGGCUUUACUUUAAGAAUAUAGGUAACAUAGCAGGACUAUGGCUGGACACGAGAUGGCUAUGAAUGUUAGCUUUUCCAGAACUUUUCUACUGCAUCUGGAGAACAGUUUGGUGGAGUAAUCAGAUGGUUUGGCGAGCUAGCCCUACACAUGAAGAGGAAGAACUUCCAUUGCUGUAGAUGAUUUCCAGGAUACAAGUCUAUUUGGAGAAUACCCACUGACAACCCAGGUCCAGAGGAUCAACUCUGAAGGGAAUGGUACACCUUUGGGUUGCUUCUUUUGGAUGUGACAAGGGCAAGGACACUUUCCAUGAGUUAUUGCCAGUAGGUGGUCUUACUCCUAUGUGACAGAGUGGAGCAGUUGGCGGGCCAGGGAUGUGAGUUAACCUUUCCUCUUUCAACUGCCUUGUCAUCCAAAGGUCCAACCACAUCCUUAGCCCAUUUCCUGCUUUAAUGUAUUUAGAUUUCUUGCUUGCUUGCUUGCUUGCUUGCUUUCCCCUCAUUGACUGCUUACAUUUCUUUUGCUAAAAUUUGUAUACAUUUUCUCAUUUGGACAUGACUUCAAUUUUCUGAAGGAAGCCUUCUUUCCUCUAUUAGCUCCUUUGAGUCUGCUAGUUAACCACAUCAGCAUACUGUUGGCCCUGGUUGGACCCUUCUGGAUCACCACCUUAGAUUGACUAGAUGGAAUAGCUGGAGGGCCUUUUUUUCAGCUGCCCAUGCCAAUGGAGGCUAAAGAAAUACUGGUUUCAUUGGUAUCUCAACCUUCUUCUGCAUCCUUGUGGCAAAGAUUUGUGUGCUUUGACUGAAAUAAUCUAUAUUUAAUAAAUGGUAUAAAGGAAAUAAAGCAGAGAUGAUGACAUGUUUAUUGUACAAACUGGAAUUUUAUAUUGUAUAUGUGUAUCCCUAUAUACAUAAAAAUGUAAGGCGGUCACCAUAUAGCCCCAAUUGGAGGAUUUAUAAAGAAGAAUAUGGUAGGAUGGUGGCUUCAUAACUGGCAGAAGUUGAAGAGGGUUCUUAGUAGCUGCAAUGUGUGUCAUGGGUCAUAAGCAGGAACUCCAAACACAAUUUAGUACAUGUUUUUGAGUAUUUGUGGCCUCUUUUAAUGGGCAGGUCCUGUAAAACCCGUCUUUUAUUUAUAUGCAUGAAUUUUUAAAGUUUUUAUUUGUUUGUUUUCAUGUUCAUACUGUGUUGUAAGUCACUUUGAGUCAAUUUUGAGCCAAGUCAAUAAUAUUAUUAAUAGCAACAGCUUUAUAAAUAAUGAGGGCUUGUGUCCCCUCCCGCCCCCAAUAUGUGAUGGACUGAUAAUUCCAAGGGGCAUAACUGUAGUAGUAUGUCCUUUGGCAUCUUCAAUGAGAGAAGGUAGACUGAAGUGAAAAAUCUCAAGGGCCCAGAAGGGAAAGUGUCAUGCAGGCAUGUUGGCUUGAAAUCUGGACAGCAGGGCUGGUCUGCCCAUGAGUCAAUGUGAAGCAGCUGCCUUGGGUGGCAGAAAUUUCAUGAGAACUCACACAAGGUCUCACGAAAUUUUGUCAGAAUACAUCAUCGUCAUCACUGUUUCACAGGCAUUGUAAUCCAGGUAAGGGAGACUGCAGAAGUGGUGCAGCAGCACGUUCUUGUUUUACCUCAGGCAGAAAAAUGAGAUGCAUCACCCCUGCUUGACAGACUGCUGAGAUGGUAGGACAUGGGAUUGUAGGAUCUGGGAACAUGAGGAAGAUGUGGUGAAGGUUGUGCAGGUUGGUUGCAUAUAACCUGUGUUGUUUACAUUGGGGGAAUAGAGUGGAAGAUCUGCAUUUAGGGAAAGGGUAGGGAUGAUGCUACAUGAAAAUGUAGAAAAGCUAUGCUAAUACAUUUUUAUUUAAAUCCUAUGCCCACCUAUCUGAGAGUAAAUCCCAUCAAACUUAGUGGGACUUAAGUCUGAAUAGAUAUUCAUAAGAUUGCACUCCAAGUUAAUUGCAGUCACAUUUAUCUCACUUCUAGAAAGUUUCUUUAAGCUUUUCUUUUAGCAGGUAUUUUGAGCAGUUAUAUGCAAGCUUGGCAAUUAGUUAAACAUUGCCGCUAGUUAGAGAGAUCUUGAAUAUGUGCUAAUAUGUACUUAAAGAAGUCAGCACAACAGAAGCACUGAAUAAUCAGUUAAAGCCUCUGAAAGCAUGGGAUAGCUGUCGCAAGAUAAUCAACAUCAGAGGCUACAUUUCAAAUACAAAUGUACAGUAAUAUAUCAGUGUGCAGUAAUUAUUUGCGAUAUACUGUUGAGUUUGUGGUGUACUUUAUGGAAUGUGUAGCAUGGUCAGGAUAAUUGUUUAUGUAUUUCUUUACACAACUUUUUCCGUCCCCCGGGUGUUGAAAAUUUAGGAAUAGGUUGAAGUACAUUACUUCACACUACUGACCAUAAAAAACCUAACAUUUUAUGCUGCUGCAUCUGGAAUAUCAGGAUCAGAUUUGUCUCAUUCAUAUAUAUAUAUAUAUAUAUAUAUAUAUAUAUAUAUGCACACACAUACAUACAGUGGUACCUCUACUUACGAAUGCGACCCAUUUUGGGGUGCCAUGCACACCCCAAAAAGUCCAUAAGUAGUGUCGCUAUUGUGCAUGCACAAAGCGCAAUAGAGCACUUCUGUGCAUGUGCGAAGUGCGCAGAUUGCUUCUGGCGUGCUCGCGGGGCGAAACCCAGAAGUAUACACUUCCAGGUUUGCUGCGUUCGCAACCCGAAAAUCCACAACAUGAAGCGAACGCAACCAGAGGUAUGACUGUGUGUGUGUGUAUUCACACACACACACACACACACACACACACACACACAAUUAUAUUCUAAACAUUAAAUGCUUGCUUAAUUGUCAAGAGCUCUCCUAAGGGAAAUCAGUGGUAUUAAGUGUUUGAAAUGAAUGCAUAUGAAUGCAUAGAGCAAUGAAUAUUAACUCAGUAGCAAGUUUGGUGAUGCUUAGUUGCAGGUAAGUGUAGAUUAGAUUUUAGCCCCAGAAUGCAGUUCUUACAAAAAGGCUAACAUAAAGAGGACUUUUUGUCCUGUUAUCAGAAUUCUACUAGAUUGCCUGAAUAACCUAGACUACCAGACUCAUCUAGACUGCUAGGACGUAUUCUGUGCUGGAAUUGACGAAACAGUCUGUCUGUCUGCCUGCAGAAUUUGGUUCAUAACCCUUUUUAGCAAAUUCGCUUGAUUGCUGGUCCAGUAUCCACAAAUAUGCUCUGACAGAAAAAGUGACCUAUUUGCAUUUAGAUGAGCCAUCUGCCCCAUUUUGAUGGUGGAGGUAACAGCAUCAGCAUCAAAGUCAUUUUGAUGGAUAAAAAGCUCUGAAUGGUUAGUGCUAUGUCCAUCAGUGCCUUUUGCAUCCCUGCUUAUGUUUGUAUCAGUGUCACCAAAAUGGAUUUGAGUUGAUUUGGGCAGCAAUAUUACACACGCACUUACAUGCAGCAAGAUGAAGGACAGGGUUUUAUUCCAUAGCUUUUGGGUGUGCUUUUUUCAUUUUUUUUGACCUCUUGAGUAUGGACAAAACCACUGGUACACUGAAUAGAGAUGAAAUGAUCUGUUGUAUUCAUAUAUUUAUAUAGAUGAAAGCAAGGAUGUUUGUUGCAAAGGGGGAGAAAACAGCAAUUACUGCAAUCAUUGUUUUAUUGCACAACCCAGAGAGCUGAUGCUCACAGCUCUCAUUUGAUUUUUUACACAGCUUAUAAAUAAUUGUACAUGUCAGGGUGAGCAUUGCCAGCUUACUUUAGUUUCAUAUGUGACUCUUGGACUUUAUUCUCAGCUACUUUGGAAGCCACGUGACAAACUAGAUGUUUGCUAGACAUGUAGCAUGCUGCUGCUAAGAACCUAGUUUUUUUUCUUAAUUACAGACACAGUAGGUCAACCCUUAUGGGGAAGGCAGCUCCUAGGGAGGUACGGCUUAUAUCUCACCACCUCAGCAUGAUUAGAGUGAACCUCCACCCCCUACACGUAGCUAGGAGCCUUAAGAAUAAUGCUCCCCUUUGUGUCAGUGGGGUCCUUUUUUAAAAAAGACUCCUAACUGUUUAGGUGGGUAAAGAGUUUAACUCCAAUAACGCAGAGGAAGGAUGCAAUAUCCCCCCUUCCCAUAUGCAGCCUUUUCAGUAAGUAUCUCAGUCCCCACUUUGUUGUUGUUGUUUAGUCGUUUAGUCAUGUCCGAAUCUUUGUGACCCCAUGUACCAGAGCAUGCCAGGCACUCCUGUCUUCCACUGCCUCCCGCAGUUUGGUCAAACUCAUGUUGGUAGCUUCAAGAACACUGUCCAACCAUCUCGUCCUCUGUCAUCCCCUUCUCCUUGUGCCCUCAAUCUUUCCCAACAUCAGGGUCUUUUCCAGGGAGUCUUCUCUUCUCAUGAGGUAUUGGAGCUUCAGCUUCAGGAUCUGUCCUUCCAGUGAGCACUCAGGGCUGAUUUCCUUCAGAAUGGAUAGGUUUGAUCUUCUUGCAGUCCAUGGGACUCUCAAGAGUCUCCUCCAGCACCAUAAUUCAAAAGCAUCAAUUCUUCGGUGAUCAGCCUUCUUUAUGGUCCAGCUCUCACUUCCACACAUCACUACUGGGAAAACCAUAGCUUUAACUAUACGGACCUUUGUCGGCAAGGUGAUGUCUCUGCUUUUUAAGAUGCUGUCUAGGUUUGUCAUUGCUCGUCCCGCUACCUAUAACUAAAUAAGAAAAAAUAGCUGCAUGCUGUACAUUUAUCAAAUACUUAGUUUGAACCCUAUGCUAUGCCAAUGGUGUGUAACAGACAGAGCCAUGUAGGUGCCUUGAAUGCUAGAAAACUUGAGUACAGGUGAUGGCAAGGAGUAUUGGUUAUAUGGAUAGCUCACAUGCUCAGAGGAACAUAGGAUGCUACCUUGGACCAACUAUCUCAGUACUGACAGUGGCUCUCAAACAGGAGUCUUUUCCAGCUCUACUAGAGAUGUCAGGAGAUCUGUUACCUUUUGCUUACAAAAGCAUGUGUUUCACCACUGAACUGCAGAAUAUUAAUUCUCAAAGUUGUUUUUUUCAAAACAAACAAAACCAGAGCUUUUGAUGAAGGAAAUAAUCUCACUAAUGCACAUUUAAAAUGACCUUACAAAAUGUUAUAUGCAGAGACAUUAAAAAUUCCCAAAGCAGCUAAUAACAAAGUACACAGUUGUUGGCAUCCAUCUUUCACAGGAGACAAUGAAAAAGUCAAACUAUUGGGGAGUUACAGUGCCUGCUGUAGCUGUAGAGACUGAUUGGGAGAGACAUGUUUUAGUACAGGUGGGGCAGAGGAAGGCUUCCAGGUUUGCUACUAAAAGUGCAAAUGUCGCUUCUUCUCUCUGUGCUCCUCCCAAUGGCUAUUCCUUCUCUGGUACUAAUCGAUAUAAUGAGAAGACAGUACUAAUCAAUAUAAUGGGGUGAAAAAUCAACGUAAAAUACCAUGUAAUGUCAGAACCACAGAGAAAACAAUAGAGCAAUCAAGUACGAGCAGAUUAAAAAAAACACAACAGAUUGGAAGCUAGUUAAAAAAACAAAUUAAUAUUAAAAUCCAGAGCUGAAGAACUGCUCAAAAUUACUUUUUGUUAGAAUGUUGAGGCAACAUAAGCCAUAUUUGGAGUAUAUUUUAAGACAUGGCACCUUACCUUAACAGCUUAUACUUCACAUCCAUUUUAAGAAGAAGAAACGAAAUGUGGAAGGCACUGAAAACUGUUAAUAUACUAAUUCCAGCAUGCCCACAGAACCGUAUAUGAAGUGUGUGUUUAUUCUUCCUAGGACUAGUUACCUAAAAACUCACAUGCAUUAUUGAUUUAUUAAUACAUUUUAUGAAACAGUGCACAUCUAUCCACAUCUACAGUGCACCUCAAUAUCUGUGGGUAGAUGGGGGGAGAGGCGGAGGAGAGUUCACAUUCCAGUAUGCAUUAGCAUUUAUGAAUACAUUUAAACUGAAGUGUAUCAUAGCUUCUUCUUCAAUACGCAUACAAUUCAUGCCUUACCAGAUGAAAACUAAGAAUUUUCUUCGGUAUUUAAUAUUUCAGUUCAUCCAGGAUCACAGCCUGAGAGGUUUUCCUAUUGCAUAUUUCUAAAGGCUCUUCUUUGCCUUCUCUAUCUAGUAUUUCUCUAUGCUGCCAGUAACUCAGUGAACCAAGAAUUUGAACUUAUGUCUCUCCAGUCUUAAGCCUUACACUAUAACCGCUGCACAACAACAGAUCUCAUGGUUAGCAUGUAUGUACGGUAUAUAGUCAGCUCUGAUCUUGUGGUGUUUGACAUCAUGCAGCCAUGCUUGAUGCCUUUCUAGUUCCUUUCCUCAUCAUGCUUCAUUUUUCUGCUAAUUUGCUUUGUGCUUGUGUGUGUUUCAGGGGCCCCCAGAAAACAUAUAAAACCAAUUCUGCAAAGUGUGGCAACAUGCCUAUUUUUAACUUCACCCUUGUCAUCAGAGCAUGAGCCCAAAAGAGGAAAUUCCUUCCUGCUCUUCAUUUAAACUGUAGCAGGAAAUGUAUUGUUAAAUAACUAACAUUGUGACAGUGCACAUAGGGGUCACGGUAAGAAAAGGCUUCAAAUGGCUCUUCACUGCUACAUUUAGCUGCUUUUCAAACACUGGAUAAUGUUGCUAUAAGGACCAACAUUGUAUAUGUAUUCUAGCAUCACCAGUUGUCAGCAUAUCUGUUUUUAUUUUGGGAAAGUAGUCUUAAAGAGAAUACAUAUUUUUUCAAGUGCUCAGCAGUCAUCCAUAGCCUGCAAUGACAAGAACACAAGAACCUAAGACAAAUCUGCUGAAUGAGGCCAGUGGCCCACCUCGUCAAGCAUCCUGUUCUAAAUGUCUGUGGGAAGCCUAUAAGCUGGACAUGAACACAAUGGUUCUCUGCCCACCUGUAAUUCCCAGCAGCUGAUAUUCAGAGGCAUGCUGCCUCUACCAGUGGAGGUAGAGCAUAGCCAUUAUGACUAGAAGCCAUGGAUAGCCUUGUCCUCCUUGAAUUUAUCUAACCCUCUUUUACAACCAUCCAUGUUGAUAGCAUCCUACUUCCUUUCAUUCUCCACUGCAGGCCCCCACCCCCUGGGUAGGGGUUCUGGGCCAUCGAGAAAGUUACUCCAGUACACAAACAAGUUGAAGAGUAGAUGCCACUCAUGCAGUUCUGAAUGUUCAUCUUGGCAUGCCCUAAAGUAAUACACCUAACGUAUAUUUACAAAAAAUCAGAAGAUGCGCCUUGAGCCACAUCAUUUCAUCGAGUGGUUUUCAAAAGGGAAACAGCUUCUCUGCCUGUGAAAGCCUGGACAGGUCUUUGGAUUCUGGCCAUUCAUUUUUUAUUUUGGAGACAAGUGAGGCUCUGCAUCACCUUCUUACAGGUAUCUCGCCCUUCGUCACGGUGUGCUUUACUGUCCUGAGAGAAAUAAGUAGCUAGUAUUAUUUUAUUUUCCAUUCCCAUGUCACAACACUAAUGGGAAUCUGAUUUGGAAAGCAGGUACCCAAUAGCAGAGGACAUCAUGCUGGGAAACAGUAAUGUACUGGGCCAUUGAUUGCUUGGUGCUUUAGUUGUAAAGCACAUAAUGACUAAUGCUGAGGUUUCUAUUUGGAUGGAAAUGGUAUCAACAGACAGAGGCAGCACUACCUUUAGGCAAAGGUCACAUCCACACCAUACGUUUAAAUCACUCUUGUACCACUUUAACAGUUACGGAUUUUCCCAAGGAACCCUGGGAACUCUAGUUAGAUAAUGGAGAGCUUCUGAUGGUAUGAAUGUUACCAUAGUGAGGCUACUAUCUCAGGCAGUUGAUUUCGUGUGACAUGAAACACAGAAAUUUGUUAUUGAUUGAUUAUUAUAUUGUUUCAUUAUUUUAAUAUUUCACUUUAAUACAUUUAUAUUUAUUUUUCCAUUUAUGGAUCCUUUCUUCAUAGAACCCAAGGUGGUGUACAUGUUGCUCCCAGGAGGUCACCCACGCAGGCACUGACCAGACCCAGACCUGCUUAGCUUCAGGAAGGUGUUAACCUCAGGCAAUGUGCACCAUGCCUUGGGAGUUUAUGGUGUUUGCUGUCUCAACUGCCAAACUAACUUAGCUGGCUUGGGUACUUUGCUGUUCUCAGGUAGUGAAAUGUAAGGUUAGGUUUUGCUUACAGUCUGGCCUUAUUGCUGUAGCUAAGAGCGAUCAUCUGUAGUCCCAAAAUUAGGCAUUGGGUAUUUCCCUGUCCAAAUUGUACUAGCAAACUAAGUGAGUCUGUUUAGGACAGACUGUUUACUAAACAGCAAGAAAGCAAUAGACACAGAUUUAGUAGUAGAUUUCAUAGUGCCGUACUGCUGAGUAGCACUGUUAACAGCUAGAUGGAAAAAAGAACUGGUGUUUGAUUGGCACAGAAUUACUUUUUAAGUGUCUACUUUUGAGACUUCAUGACUUUAUUUAUUUGUUUAUUAAAUGUACAUCCUGCUUCCCCACCAAAUGGUGUUGAAAGUAUUUGCUUGAAUAAAUCCUGGAAAAUACUUGGAGGUUGUUUCUUUUAGAUUUCCUGAUCUGGUUAAAAAACUAGGAUGCUAUACAUUUCAGUAAUAGAUUGGUGGCUAGUCCUCUGUUGAGAUGGUUUGCGAAUAAUGGCCUAAUGAGUUUUCCAUUCCUAGAAAGGUUUUAUGAGUCAGUGCUGUUGUAGAUGCAUGUAUUUCUUGACACUUUCAAAUAAAUGACCUCCUUUGAUAUGAGAGCUCCUUUGAUAUGUCAGAGUACCAGAGAAUAGCCUGAGCAAUCUCCUUUUAAUUAACACCUUUUUGACCUCAUUUGCUAGCUCCCCACAAGGUGCCAAGAGUUCCUUUCUGGCCACAUGGUGCUCAUCUAAUUGGUUGAGCCCACCUGUUUGUCACUCAAGCUAAACAUCUCAAAGAUGGAAUAUGAUCUCCCUAUUCCUUUUCACCUCUUUUGACCAUCCAGGGGUUCUGUCUGCUGAAUCUAUGCAGAGAAGAGGAUAGAUGUUCAAAACUAGCCUACCCUAUAUGGUACCUGUAAGCACAGCUUCUGUAUAGACUCUUCUUUCACCUUGCAAAAUAACGUGUUUCUCCCAGCUAGGAUUCAUGCAUCUAAUUCUAAACAAUUGCCAGGAUUUUGUCAUAGUCUUCCAUUGAUGUGCCAUGUAUUAGGAUCCCAUCCAUGGGGCAAUUGCUCCUUUUAAAUUUCUUAAGGAGUUUUGCCACCUUUCUUUGAAAAUUUUUGGAAGCGUUUGUUGUUCCAAAUGGCAAGCCUUCAAAAGGAGUGUGAUGAAUGUAAUCAAUUUAGCACUCUGGUUUGUCAAAGGUAUUUGCCAGAAAUCACUUGAGGUAUCCAAAUUGACAAAUAUUUUUAUUCCUGUCACUUUUGGGAAAGAUACUAGUGUUGGAAGUACAUAUUUUUUUAUUAGAGUGCGUCUUCAUUCAGCUUUUAAAGAUCAAUACAGAUCUUCUUCUUUUUUCCACCUCUCCCCCGAUGACUAGGAACUUUGGUGCACACCACAAGGUAGGCUUGAUUUCCUUAAUUAUGCCAUGUUCCUCCAUCCUUUCCAGGUCCAUUUCCACCUUGUGGAGUAAGGGAAUGGGUGUUCUGCAGGCUGUUUGCAUGCUGUAUGGUUUGGUGUCAGGUCUUAAAACGUCCAUAGGAUUUCUUUUUAUUAGACCAGGGUGUCCAAACCCUCCUUAAAUUUAUCCCACUGUUUUGCACAGUCCCAUUCUGCCGUUGCUCCACAUUUGAGGAGAUUAUCCAGGUUUUGACUUCAUAUCACUUACAUAGUAUACACAAGCUGCUCUUCUAUGCAGUUUGUUUGUACGUUAAAGCAUCCAAGACAAUUUAGAAUACUCUCUUGUCUCUAUAAAACAAUCCCUGCCAUAUGCAGAUCUCAGGAGAUCCUUUGUAUGUCUUUUUUGAAAUAACUGUGACAUCAGCUCCUGAAUCUUUUUUUAAAAAAUAGAAAUCAGUUGUCCCAGAAAUAUAUUCUAUAGAGACCACCACUGGCAUUCAAGAAAAUUUGGCUGUCCGCUUGCAUCAUGUCGGUCAAUAGCUCAGUGAUAGAACAUGCUUCCUAGGUUCAGUCUCCAGGUACAACUGGGAGUGACUCUUGCUUGAAAUCCUAGAGUCACUGCUGGUCAGUGUAGACAAUAUUGAACUAAAUGAACCAAUGAUCUGCCUCGCUGUAAGGCAGCUUCUGGUGUUCCUAACACAUGAUAGCAAAAUGUCUUUUUUUUUUAACAUUUGGAACUGUGCUCCUUUAGCUGACAAAAUUCCUCUAUUGUUAUAAACAUUUCCACAUUUUUGCAUGCUCUCUUAAAGGGUGGUCUUGUCUUGUCUUGUUGUGUCUGGCUACAGAAUGCUUUAAAAAUGGCUGGACUGCUUUCCUUUGUGCUGCUUUUGAAGAGAAAUGAAGAGUGAAUUUGUGGAAUGGCUGCUGCUUCUAGUGUUUUGUGAAGUAGAGGUUACGUCUUCCAAGUUACAUCACUCACUCCCUAUCUUUGCCCUGAUCUGUUUUGGGAUGGGAUCUGGAGUGCAUUGGAUUGUGACAAAUCCUGAACCAAAGUGGGCUAUUUAAGACAGUUCUGGGACUUAUUUGAACUGAACCAAGAUCUCUCCUAGGUGCCAUGAACUGAAGUGGGGGCCUCCAUAAUGCUGUGUGAUGCUUUAAAAGCUCAGAUGUUAAAAAACACACAACACUACAGACAGCGUGUCUGCCAAAAAUGAAACGUUUCUCCCCAAGUUUGCCAUAUAAGGAAAAUGCCAGGGUGUGGAAAGCAGAAAGAGAGAGCUUCUUGUGUGACCAGCAGAUCUGCCUUCUCAGAGGACAUUAUGAGCCCACUUUAAAUGGACAUUGGCUAUGGGAUACGGGGCUUUUGCCAUUUGUUGCAAAAUCCUUGGGGUUUCAAUACACUGAGAUUUCUUCAAAAGUCCUUCCCCUGGAUUCACAACUGAAUAUGCUUCUCCCUAGCCUGGGUACAAGUCCCCUGGGACUCAUGAAUGUACAAAGGAGCUUAACUUUUCCUUUUACCAUUGUACAUUUUCAACAUUUUCAAAAAAGAAAUCUGCUCUUUAUUUGAUCUUAAAUAUGGUUUGAAGCAGCCUUUCUCUGCUGCUUGUCGGCUGCUGGCUCCGCACAAGUAGCAAGUUGUCUGCUUCAGUGUUUGGAAGAGAUGGUUGCAAUGUUCUUUCCUGCUAGUAUCAGCCAGGAGCCCCCAAAGGAUGACCCAAAUACUCCAUCACUGCACUGUCAGAUGUGAACAGGAAUAAAUACUUAAUUGUGAGUCAUAGACUCCCUUGAGCUGCAGCAGCUGAUUUUUGUACAUGCUGUGCUUAGAACAUGGGCUGUAUGAAAACUCUACAAAGGCAGGAAGAAUCUUUUGCCUUUCCCUGAUCUAACUUACUGAGAUGAGGACAGCCACAAGCUGCCAUUUACCAUAAGCAGGGCUGCAUUUUUCUCCUGCCAAUUUCCAUCAAAUAAUCCCUAUGGCUAUUUUUUCAGACAUUUAAAUGUCUAUUUGUGAAGCAUCACAGUUCUGGACCACAGGUUGUGAACAAGCUGCAUGCAGGAUCUGCUGAAGAUCAGAUCUUGGUUUCUUAUUCUGAUUUGUUUAACAACAUUAAAUGAGAGUUUCCUGAUUCAGAUGCAAUGGGUGACUCUGGUCCAAAGCAAGCCAGGAUUUCUGUAUCAAAGAAAGUGAGGAAUAUACUGCUCUGGCAUGUGGUCAUGCAUCAUAAACCGUGGUUUAUGGAGCCAUGGCCGAACAUCUGAACAGCUACUAUGUUCAAUGAAGCUUACAUCCAGUAAGUACCUAGGGAUGGAGCUUUAAUCUGGCAGAUCACUAUAUACAAGCAUUUAAAUAAAAAGUAGGGUUCCCCAUUUCCCUGUUGAUAAUGGGAUUCAUUAGUUUUCUCCUAUCCAUAUUGUCAUUGCCUUUUUACAGACUCUCACAUGCCUAGAAAUAAAUGCACACAUUGUUAUAAAUACAUUUGCUAUGUUUUUUUGGUGGUUGCUGUAUUAUAUUACAUCCUGUCCUCUCUGUGCAGCUCUUAAAAUCCAUCACCUUUUGGGAUAGAAACUGCUUUAUAUACCAUACUGUGAUUUGUGCCUUUAAAAUAUCCGAACUCUUCUCAGAAUAAAUGUGUUAAGGUGGAAAACCCCCGAACAGAUUUACAAAGCCUUUUCUCCUCCUGCUUCUUCUGUGUAACUGAUUGUUAAUCCCUUGUCCCCCUUGGCGCAUAUUACAGGACCUAGUUUGUUGUGCAAAUAUGGUAGCAAUUUUAUUUAACUUUGCUAAUGAUUUAAUAAUAAGAAAUGAAGCAAAAAAAGGCAUCAGACUCAAGGGAUAAACAGAAAGCUAUCCUCUUGAUUCUCUUUCAGUGAACCAUAAUGAGGAUACUGUAAAAAGCUUCAAUAUAGUGUGAGCUAGAAUUCUUUAUUUUUGAUGUGAACUCUUGUAAUAACCGUUAUGCUUUCCGCCUCUCUAGGCCUUGCCAUUUGUGGAUCUCAAAGUGGAUUAUAAAAGAAUAGUGAUUUAAGGCCAGCAGAUCCUCUGUGAGAUAGGUAAGCAUUAUUAUUCUCAUUUUACAGAUGGGGGAAUCAUGGACAGAGAGGUUUAGUGAUGAUUUCCUCCCCCAACCUCAAGACAAAGCCAGAAAUAGCUCAGAUAUAUUGUCUUCAUAUCUCCUGCUUUAACCACAUGGCAAUCCUUCUUUCCACAUAACCUCUCUGACUCUAUUUCCCCAACUGUAAAGUAAGGAUAAUAAUACAGGUUCAGACAGAUAUUCGUGCAGGCACAUUUCUUUGCCUGCUGAAAAGUGAGACAUUUAGGUCUGACCCCACCUUUGAGGCUGGUCAUAUUCUUCCACUUGAAGUUUGGAGUGGAAAAAAGCUCUCUUAAAUUUUGUGGAAAGGAAUUAAUUCAGCAGGAUAUUGGCUAACUUUUGUUGUAUGGUGAAUUAAGAGUUUAAAAAACGGCAUAAUUAUUUUUUAUGAGGUGAUUUAGAAACGGUCAGAUAGAGGCAUCGUUGUACUCUGAACUGCUGAAUUUCCAAAACUGGAAGAAUUUAAAUACAGGUGUUUGUUUGUUUUUUUAAUAUAAAUAACUGUUCAGUAUCAUCCCAUUGAUGGCCAAACUAAUGAAGCAGUGAAGGAGUUUACAACAGAUGAACAUGCAUCAUAUUUUUAUAUAGAUAAAUUUAGGCAGUUAAAUUUAGGCAGUUUAAUCAAGAUUCCAAAGAGCAUUUUUACUUAUAUGGAAGCCACAGGCAAACAGUGAAUCCUCAGAGACCAAGCAAAAAGGAAAAUAAAAUCCCAGCAGAAGUGUGUUAUUACUCGAGGAAAAAAAUCAAUAUUGAUUAGACUCAGAAGGGACUUUUCUUACAACAGCUUAUGUCUAAGAAUCUCUUCUCCAUGAAUCCCCAAGAUCUGCAGGGGUGGUGGUGUUUGUUAUGAUGGUUAUGAUGAUAAAGGUAAAUCAAAAUCCUUAGAUGAAUGCCAGUUUAUUCCCAUUGGUCUAAAUGGAUUUAAAUGUGCAUACCUCAACUCCAUUUGUUGUGUGAAUCCCUCUACGCAUCCUUCAUUGGUUUAGUAAAACCAAAUUGCUUUUUGUGUGUGUGUAUGGGGAUGCGGGUGGCGCUGUGGGUUAAACCACAGAGCCUAGAAACAGAAGGUCAGCGGUUCGAAUCCCCACAACGGGGCGAGCUCCCGUUGCUCGGUCCCAGCUCCUGCCAACCUAGCAGUUCGAAAGCACGUCAAAGUGCAAGUAGAUAAAUAUGUACCGCUCCGGCGGGAAGGUAAACAGUGUUUCCGUGCGCUGCUCUGAUUCUCCAGAAGCGGCUUAGUCAUGCUGGCCACAUGACCCGGAAGCUGUAUGCCGGCUCCCUCGGCCAAUAAAGCGAGAUGAGUGCCGCAACCCCAGAGUCGGUCACGACUGGACCUAAUUGUCAGGGGUCCCUUUACCUUUACCUUUUUAUGGCUCCGACUGCCAAAACACUACAAUAUUUAGCAGUUGUUGCCUAUGAAUACAUGCAGCAACUAAAUGAAUGGUAAACAUCAUGUUUCCUGGAACCCAGUUGGUUUUGAGAUAGUGACAAUAUUCAAAAUGUAUGCCAUUGACAUCUAUUUCUUGCAAUUGUAAGGAAAUACUGGUUAGUUGUUUUAUUGUGAUUUGACAUUUUCAAACUAUUUGUAAUAAUAUUUCUUUUUCAAAGAUUUUUGUGCAGAUGCUUACAUCUAUACGGUAAUCAUUCAUUAACUGAUGAAAAGCAAAGUGAUAUAUUGAACACACUAAGUAUUACAUUUCAUGUGGUUGUAGUUAGCAAUGUGCAAGCUUCCCCAGACUUAGUUCAAUCUGGAUUUCACUAAAACACCUUAAUUUGGACUUCAUUACCAUCAGGACCCAGGAUGUUCUCUGCCACUAACCCCUACCCAGACAGCCUUUGCUCUUGUCUCUUCCCUUUCCAAACCAAACCUGCAUAGUAUUGCAGGAUGGGUGUGCAGACAUGGCCAGGUGCAUUCAUUACACUUCUGCUAAAGAUACAGAGGCAAUUACAUCUCCCUUGCUUCCUGGUGGCUGUAGGUGCAUUAACCAUUAAGGCCAACAUGGAGACUCAGAUGCAGUUCCUUCCCUGCAUUAUUUGGUAAGCUUGGUUAGAGAAAGAAAUGGGCAGCAGUUAUUGGCUUAAAAGAUGACAGCCAAGCCCAUUAUGAGCUAAGUGCAAACUUCAGGUGGUGGUGCAGUGUUGGCUUGGUUUGUUAUUGGCAUUAGAUGUCCAAAACUGGGAGAACUGAUUCCCAACUCCCUUUCCCCAUUUAUGACCUUUUGGCAGCAUCACUAAUUGAAACUAACAUUUCCCCCAUAUCUUACAUUUACUUUUAUUUGUUUUAUUUAUUUAAUUUGUAUACCACCCUUCAUCUGAGUAUCUCAGGGUGGUUCACAGCAAAAACAUGCAAGAUGAAAACACAUGUGUAGCUUGUAAUUGUCUUUAAUCAGAUUUAUACAGAUACUGGUGAUUCACAUAAUUAAUUAAGACCACAUAAGUAAUUAAGAACAUUCACGUAAUUAAGACCAUAUCGUUUUACUCUGCCGCUACUACCAGGAUGCUCGUGGAAAGAUUAUUGCCACAUUGCUUAGAAGACUGUCCAGGAGUUCUAAUUUGGAAUUGUCUAGUUUACUUCUAGAAGAUGGAAAACCAGAGAUUACAAUAUUAGUCACAAAAUUUUGCACGUCAGCCUAUAAAAUCAGUCACUUUUACCUACUGGAUAUAUAUAGACUUCUUAUCUCUCUUUUAAAUUAUUAAGCCUUCAGUUUUACUUACUUACCUUUUUGUUUUACUUUAUUUUAUCCCUAUUGGUACUUGUAGUAUUAAAUAUAGUAUGCUGGUUUUUAACUAAAUAAUAUUUUUUUUGUCUCUCUCUCUGUCUUUGAUAAUAAAUCAGAUACUGUUUCACACUGUCAGGAUUCAUAGAGUUUCUGAAUCUUUAGAGAUUCUCCCAGUUGUGGGGGAGCUGUUUAUUUAUAAGCAGCUCUUGCAGACUGGCAAAAUGUUCAAAUGCCCUAACCUUGUGGGCUGGGUUCAACUACAUGAGACUUUCAGCCCGUCUCUUCUUCCAUAAUACCAAUUUUCAUUGGAAAGACCCAUACAAUCAGGCCCCAUCCAUAUGGUCAGGCUGGUUUCCAGAAGCUUUUUUAAUCAUUCUCUGAACCAUACAGAACUCCACCCCCAUCUCUUCAAGUAAUACUGACCCUGCUGUUUGUCCACAUGAUCAUUUUAACAUUAUCUUCAUCCCAUGAUGUCAAGGGAGUGUUCUUGUUGGGAUUAUUGUCUGUCUUCCAACUCUACACAAGCAUUGUUUUAUAACAGGGAUAGAGAACCUAUAGCUGCCAUCAGCUCCAGUCUGCAUGCCCAGUGCUCAGGGAUGAUGUGACUUCAGCAAUAUUUGUAGAGUUGCAGUCUUCACCCUUGGAUUACAUGCUAACUUUGUUAAAUUCCAGAGGAUUAAGUGAGUUCAGGAAUUGUUGUCCCAGGAUCUGAUCAAGUAGGCCUAUAGUCUGUUAGUUUAAUAACUGCAUACUCUAAUGAGUGUUUAAAUUGGUUUUUAAUUGAUAGUGCCCCCUGGAAAGGGAUAUUUAGCAUUGUCAUGACGCUGCUGUAAUGAAAUUGUGUGAAUAGAGAGAUAGAUAGAUAGAUAGAUAGAUAGAGAUAGAUAGAUAGAUAGAUAGAGAUAAAGCUUGAUUUGGUCAGUGCUUUAUAAGUGGCUUCCCCAACAGCAAAUAGUUGUCCAGUUUGCACAUAACACUAAGCAAAACCAUAACUUAGCACAAGUGAGUCUUCCAGAAAGAAGAUCAAACCGUGUUGCUCUUCCUCUUGUCCUGCUGCCACUGUGCUUCCAUAAACUAAACCAUCCCAUCCAAACCCAAGAUCAUGGUUUGUCUCCCCAAGACAAAUUAAGAGAGGUAAGCCAUAAAACAAACCUUGGUUACAGCUUGUGGUUUGUUUGGAAUGAGGCUUCACAAUGACUUAGCUUUACAGCAGCAGCUGAACUAGAUGAGGAUAAAAGUGGCCACAAGGAAAGUUGUACAGAGACUGGAUCAAAGCCUCUGUGCUAUUUAUUUGUGAGGGCCUCUUGGUUUUGUUUUGUUUUUUUUAAUCUUAAAAGCAGCCAGGGUGGUAAAUCAGUGCAGGGGUGCAGUUUCCAGCGAGAUAGCUGUUAAUGUGUUGCAACAUAAACAACAGGGUCUUGCGGUACUUUAAAAACUGCCAAAUUAAUUACAGCACAAGUUUUCAUGAAGUAGAGUCCACUUCAUCAGACAAGGUGAAUGGUAAUCCUUAAAUGCUUAUGCCAUAAUUAGUAUCAGUCUUUGACAUGGCAGAAGAGACUUCGUUGUUCAGGGCUACAUCAGCUUUUAGAACUUGUGUUGUUUUCCCAAUAUAAUGCACCCUACAAGCUGCCAAUUUCCCCAAUGGGGAAAAGACAUGGAACCUGUUACGUGUCAUUCCAGGGGGCACAAUAUGAGCUUUAGGAAGCAAACAUCGAGGGACGCAGGUGGCACUGUGGUCUAAACCACAGAGCCCAGAGCUUGCCGAUCAGAAGGUUGGCAGUUUGAAUCCCUAUGAUGGGGUGAGCUCCCAUUGUUUGGUCCCAGCUCCUGCCCACCUAGCAGUUAGAAAGCACAUCAAAGUGUAAGUAGAUAAAUAGGUAUCAUUGCAGCAGGAAGGUAAACAGUGUUUCCGUGCACUGCUCUGGUUCGCCAGAAGCGGCUUAGUCAUGCUGGCCACAUGACCCGGAAGCUGUUUGCGGACAAACGCCGGCUCCCUCGGCCUAUAGAGCAAGAGAGAUGAGCGCGCAACCCCAGAGUCGUCUGCAACUGGACCUAAUGGUCAGGGGUACCUUUACAUUUACCUUUAAGCAAACAUCUGGAGGAAUGGUUUCGCACCUCCAGUUCCCAAUGCCCUGAUUCUUUUUCUCCUGCAUUGGUAUUUUUAAUAGUUUUUGUUAAAAAAAUAGAGAUCAUGGAUUUUCUCCUGUUUUAUUUUGCUCAGAUCAGAUAUUAUGGGUUACAUCCUUCCCUGGCUCUCCUCUUCUGGAGGGGGAAGGAAUUUUUUUUUGCUAAUUUCCCUUCUCAGGCCCCUGCACUCAUACCCCCAAAACCCUGCUACAAAGACUGUAGACCAGAGACCAACUGGCACAGUGUGAGGUAGGAUGGAGAAGAGGGAAAUUGGAAAAAUCACUUUCUAUAUCUGGCCUUUCCAGGAUCAAAGUGCUUUCCAUGAGGUGUGAGUGAGGGGUUGGGGGACUACAACUGGACACAACAAUAACAUCCACUGACAACUUGAUUUAUUGAUGUCUCUGCUUCUGCAAAUACAUGAUUUGCAUGUAUUAAUUCAGCUGUGGGUUAUGAAAACACAUUUUACUUUGAUCCCAAAACCUCCAUCACACAAACCACCUAAACAACAGAUUCUCCAUAUGGCUUUGGCUACUGUGAUGUCAACACUAGCUGUAGGAUGUUGCAAAAAGUAACACUUCAAGAAAAUAGGCAUUCUCUUUCUUUUUUAAAAUGUAAAGUAGAGCCACACUAAAGAGGAAACAGUAUCUCAGUUCGCUUCAUACUUUGUAUUCCAAUACAUAAUGAACAGAGUCUACAUUCAGUUUUCCAAUUCUAGUAGCUUACCACAUAGUACUGAAAUCCAAACUGCAGUUUACAGUUCUGCAAGUUCAGUGGGGUCUUUUCUCUUUGUUUGAGCAACUGAUCCUCACACCAUAUCACAAACUCCUUUUAAAACUCCCCUUACUUUCAAAACUUGCUACCAUGUGGGAUGGAGGACUGUUGCUAAUAGGGUUGUCCUCAUAGAACUGAUUUCAUUGGAUUCUAGGCAGUUAGUAUCAUCAUGUAUUUUGUUCAUUUAAAAUUCAAUAUAAAAUGUUUAAACAAUGCCUUUUUGAAAGCCUAAUGGUGUCUCCACUACAUCCAAUCAUGCCUUCCAAAAUAGCCAGAAAGCUCCUGUUGAAGGAAGGGAAUCUUCAUCCUAUUGCUUUUCAGUGGAAGAGUUUCAUUCUUUCACCUGCAGUCCAUAAAGUAUCAAGUUUAUCAAGUGAUAAACCUUGAUAGAGCAUCCUAUAUAAGUUUAAGAGUUUCCUGGUUUUCGUUGUUUAUUUUAGUUUUUAUUUGGAUUGUGUUUAUUGUUAGUUUACAAUAGGAUAACAUCAAAAUAUAUUGUAAGCCUUUUGGGGGAAAGGAUGUAUGUAAAUUUGUUGCUUAUUUUUAAUAAAUAAAAAUAUGCAUAUAUGUAUUUUUUUAUACUGCCUUUCAGUAAAAAUAAAUAAAUGCAUAUAUGUAAUUUUUUUAUACUGCCCUUCAGUAAAAAAUAAUCACAGGCUACAUAAACGUAAAAUGCAAAUAAAGACAUAGGUAAAAUAAAUAAACAAGUAUAAACAUAAUAGAUACUAAAGCUGCAUAUUCUUUGGACUAAAUAUUAUUCCAACCUUUUAGUGUGUUUUGUAUAAUUUUGCCAUAGUUUCUUUUAAAAUUAUUGAUAGGAUUAUAUUUUAUUAUUAUUAUUAUUAUUACAUUUUAUUACCUGCCUUUCACCCCAAGGUCCCAGGGUGGGUUACAACAAUUAAAACACAAUAUCAAAAUGUGUUUGAAACAAGUUAGGGUUCAAAGCAAUUUAGGUUUAAAACAAACGAGUGUUCAACAAUAUUUCUGAAAAAAGUUAUAACUUAUUGCCAUGUAGCAAUGGUUCAUUAAAGCAGUUUUAGGGAUUUCUUUGUAUUUCCUUCCCUCAUAAUGAAGCUGGUUUUUUUUUAACCCACACCUUAUAAUCUGAAGACACAGAAACCUUGGAGGUUAAAUUUCACCCCAUAAAACAUGUUAAUGAUGAUUCUUCCAUGUGGCCUUUGAUAGUUUGAUGGCAAACCAUGUAUUGACACAAGUGUAAUAUUUUCAAAAAGAACACUUCAAGAGAGCAAGUUUCUUUCUCAUCUUAGCUGCAGGCAUGCGACUCAAAUGAGAAUUUGAUUUGGUGUCUUUUCUGAAUGCCGCUACAAAUUGUUUGUUACCUUUGCUCCCAAUUACAGUCAAAAUAGCUGAUGUCUGGUGCUAACAAUACACGGCCAGCAUAGCUGGCAGAUUUGGAUACCCGUCUGCUAAUGCGCUGGCCCUUUUCACCUACAAAAAAGAAGGUCAAUUUUCAGUAUGACAGUAAAUGCCUGGAUUUGAAUGGUGGGAUUAGUGCAACAUAUUUUCGUUUUCUGUCAGUCCCAGAAAAUACAUAUAUCUGUUGGUGACUACGAUAAUGGUUCAGUUAGAAAGGGAAGGAAAAACCAGUUUAAGAUUGUUGUGGGAUCUUUAGCUUUAGCAAAUAGGAGAAAGGAGAAAGCAAAUUGGUUUCAAAGUGCUACUUUUAUAAUGCUAUAUUGAAGUGAAAGUGUGCUUCUUCAUCAUCCAAAAUGUACAAAAAGCAUUACUGACUCCAAGUACCUGAGAUAGCAGUUCUUGGAAAAGUUUGACUCAUAAAUCUAGAGAACUGCUAUUGGUUAGCCAGCCAGUCCUGGGUCCAGUGUAGGUUCCUGUACCUGAUAUCCUAUACCUGAUAUCUCUUGAAUUGGUGUUUUCAUUGAAAUUUUUUUUAGUGUCUUCAAGGUGAAUGUGGUUGAUGUACAGUGGAACCUCGUAUUACGUACCAUCCUUCUUGCAAACGCUUGCGGGUUACGAGCUCCUCUAACCUGGAAGUAGAUGCUCCCAGUUGCAAACUUUGCCCCAGGAUGCGAGCGGAAGUCAUGCGCCAGCAGCGCGCCAGCAGUGGGAAGCACCAUUAGCGAAAGCGUGCCUCAUAUUAUGAGCAAUUUCGGCUUAAGAACAGACCUCUGGAAUGAAUUAAGUUCGGAACCAGAGAUACCACUGUAAAAGCUUUCUCUAGCCUGGUUUGCACAUAAUGCUAAACUUUGUUUCUUUAAACUAUGGUUUGUUUGAUUGUCCAGCAACUUAACUAGGGUUUCUUUACUGUGAACAAACCACAGUAUGAAGCCAUGGUUUGUUGCUGGCAUACAGACCGUAGUUUGCUUUAACUAUUUCUUGGUGUUUUGUGCAAACCCAGUACACAUCCUUAAUCAUAGUAUGCUACACCACCCCAUCCCAGACAUGUAAUCAAGCUAUAAAGGCAUGAAACAAGAGGAUCUGGAAUACAAUAAUGCAAUCUUGGGAUAAACAAGAGCAUUAUAUGUGAACCAGGCCACUCUCCCCUUGUCUGUAUGGUGUGCAAUUUUGGCACUACCAGCUCUGAAUAUGAUAGAUUGAUGAGGCAAGCUGCUCUAGAAAUAGUAGAACUAUCAUGCAGAAAUAGAUUGUGAUUGGAACAAUACAUUGUAUAGAUUGUCCAAGUUCUUCAG